AUGAACGGGGCCCAGGUGAGCCCUGCUGCGUGAAGACGCAAGCUUUUUUUCCUGCUCGAGCGAACAUAAGCGAUGGCCUCUUCGUGUCCUCACAUCGAUUUUCUCUUUCAGGGGAGAAAAGGGAUAAAAGAUGGCGGCGCGCUCUUUUUUUCAUGCAUCAGCCAAGUCGGGCAUAAAAUAGUCCGUUUGGAUGGGUGAUCAUGAACUGGCAGCGGUGGGGAAGUUUACCGGAGCUAAAUGGAUGCCCUGACUGCACUUUUUAUCUGCCGUUACCGCUGUAAUUUAUGCUAAUAAUAUCCGCAGAUGAGAAAUGGGCCUCCUCCCGGUGUGUUUACGUCGCCCAUAUGACUCUGAGAAAACAGGAGUUAAAGCCCUGCGGGGGGGGAACCAGAUCUGCCCCUCGGGCUGAUUGGAAAAGGUGAUUCAUCUGAGGUUGUUCACAGUUUCACUGAGCUUUAGCUUUCAUUACAGGCACCGCUCGAGUAAAUGUAAAUGCUCUGAGGCCCUGUUUGUGCUCCGUUAUUCUCCUGCACCGCGUGCUCCCAUCUGCAGCUUUGUUUUGGUCUCAGUGAUUUGUCAAGUUUUCAUUUGUUCUUCUUCUACCUUUUCCAGGAAAGAGCUUCAAAUCUGCAGAUGUCUGGCCGAAAGAUGGAGAUGGAGCUGCUGAAGUGCAGCAUGGAUGAUUCACACCUCUUUGUGAGAUGAUGGUGAGUUCAGUAGGAGAUAAAACACGCAGGUUUCUCUACUUUGAGCUGCCCACACAACAUCCACCUGAAUUUACACCUCUGCGGUCUAUAAAUACAGAGAAGACAGAACUUCCUGUACUUGACCACAAAAAAAAAUCAUCCUCUAUAGUUUUGUGUUUUUCAUUUCUGAUUAAUGAGUGUAAAAGGACUUUUUCUGUAGAUCUACUUACCUGUUUUUUCUGAGCGUGUGUGUUUGGACUUGAGCUGGUUUUAAUGACCUUUGACCCUAAACCAACCACAGACAGUGAGUCAUAUCGGUGUUCCCUCCUCUUCCUCCCCUUUAACUCGUGACAGCAGACAGAGAGCUAGUUAAGAUCAUUUACAUCCUGGCCAUCAAGAGUUUGAGAUGGCUCAUUAGCCUCUAGCAUGUAGAUAAAGCUCCAAAUUGACAAGUGCAAAGUAUGGGCUGCUCCUUCAAUUUGGGGGAGAACAGGGAGGAGGAGGAGGUGAGAUUGAUGGUGCUACAACCUCUCCGCUCUGCAGCCGCUCCCCCAGAAGUGCUGUUGCUCUCUGCGAUUGUUCACCGACCGGGAGAGACCGCCACGGCCCGAUCCGAGCCUCAAACUGUAACGACUCUGUGAUUAAUGAACCUGUCAGAAAGUUGCGCCUCUCCCUCCUUUAUUUUUCUCUUUAUUUAACCCACAAUCACUUUUCUCCAAAAUGUUUAACCAAACUAAUUUAUUCUCAUUAUGCACACCGCCUACCUCGUGCACCCCCCACCCUCUCCGCUCUCCUUAAACCUUUUGGUGCAGAUUAACGUAACAAAAAGUCUAUUAAUUAAUGUUUUGUGGCUUUUAAUUUCUGCUGAGGAUGCCAGGAUAUGGAUGCAGCUGUCUGUCGAGGCCCGUCACCGCUGAACCCGUGCCAGGGAAGUGCAGAUGUAAUUCUGUUAUCUCUCGCUUAGUCGUUUACGCAAAUUAAUUUGAACAAUUAGCCUUCUACCGGCCCUUUCAUGAAUCAUGCAGGAGGAGCUGCCAAAAAAUUAAUACUCAGAGAUUCCAGUUCAGGAGGAGAAAGCUGCCAUCUUUGGGGAUGAAAUGAUACACCUGCUGUGGAGCGAAAUGACUCAGAUGAGGGGAUUAAAAAAAUCUCGACAGCUGGAUUGAUCCAAAUUUAAAGAUUCGGUCUCUUUAUGGCAGCGAGGGAGUUUAAAAUCACCUGUGAGCUUUAAUGACAUCAAGUUUGGUCUUUACAGAUACUGAAGCAGGUAAAUAGUCCAAUAAAUGAUCAGACAGCAAAUAUAAAAAACCCCAAAGUUUUCAUAAAACUAAUCAGAGGAGCUUCUUAGUCUGUUUUACGGUCCCAUGAUGGUCUUAAAACUUAAUGAACAGGUUUUUAAAAGGAAGAAGAGACGUGUUCAUUUGAAUUAGGAAGCAUCACCAGCUGAUAAAACCUCUGACAGGAUCAUAAAACAAACACAAGCGUUUCUGCACCGAGUCUAACAAGGAUCUGACCAAAUCUCAGGUUUCAAGAUCACGACAAAACGACCCAAAACAGAGGUCAGAGGUCAGAACCGGUCUGUCUGUGAAAUAUUACAACAUAGUUUUGUGCUGCAGAAAUGAUGUCGAGUCAAACAGACACCCCAUCUUCAUCCUGAGUCGACUGUUGGUUUUUAUGUUUGUCUUUUUGAGUGAACCCUGAAGUCUCUUAGUCCACGACCUUGUGGUGCCUUUUUUCCAGUUGAACACCCACCUGUACGAGUUUGUGACCAGUAAAGACCGUUUAUUCUGGAUCCAGUGAGUCUGGAGAGAGUCAAACUCAGACAGGAUCUCUCUGACAGGGCGGAUGAGGAAGAAACGAUCUCUAAGUUUGCUAAAGUCAGAAAAAGGGACUCACAGAUGCAUGUUCACUGUGGUGCUUUCCCUCUUUGAGGCAGCAGGGGGCGUCUUCUCUCUUCCUCAGAGCUUCUCCUGCCUCCACAUUCUCCUCCUGUCCUGGCAGCAGCAGAAACAGGCCUCUCUUGGACUUGUGCUGCAGUGAGUGUCAUUAAUGGCUGCCUUUCAAGCCGUCAGCCCUAACGAGCUGAUUGUGAACGGAAAUUGAGGUUCUGAAAUGUAACUGAAUAAGCAGAUUCUUGCUUUCACUCAAAGGAGGGAUGGAGUGGGGUGGGGGGGUUGAGACGACACCCGAGCGCUCUCCUCGUCUUCAUCUUGAAACACCGGGCUGACCACAUUUUUAAGAGAGAGCCCAUUAAGCCGGAGGAAGACAUGGUCAAUAAUGACAUGUAAUUUUGUGACAGUUAUGUGUUCUUACACAAAUGUAUGGGCCGGGCCUGCUCCCCUGUAAGUGCUCGCUAACUCGAUUGUGCUCGUGUUUAAUGUCCAUUAAGAGUUCAGACACGGUGACGGAGGAAUGUAACGGCGGCUUGUUGGUGUGUUUUUUUUUUUCAUCAACAUCUGGUGGUGUCAAAAACUUGAUUCUGAACUCUGCCUGUUGACACUGUGGCAUUUAAAGGGAUAUUUCACUACACCUGCAUCUAUCGUGACGAGUAUGACCUCUCUUUAAAAACCCUGAAAUGUCCCUUUAAAGUUCACCAAGAAUGACAGGUGCAGCUGAAAGGUGAAACACGUCAAACUUGAUCCAAAUCACACAGACUUCAUUUAUAGAGCAAUUUGAAACCCUGAUUAUACUGCAGCCACCCAGCAGGGGGAGCUCUAAAUGUUUUUGCUUCAUAACGUUCAUACAUGCGAGGAUAAAGCGUUGUAAAAUAUAGCUGUAGUUUUCUAGAAUAUCAGAACAGGCCAAAAAUAAAGGAGGGUUAAAAUACUGCAGAUAAGUAACAGUCAGACGAAAAUGAAGAGCGGCAUUUUCAGGUAAAUAAAGAGCAGGUAGGCCUCGCUGACACUCACUGGUGCAGGUGCAGGUGGAGCGCCUCUAACCGUAUCAUCAUCUCCUCAUUAACAUACACACCAGCGCACGGGCUCUUCUCAGCGACUGUAAUCACCUUAAUGCAAAAAGCUGAUGAAGUUGCCAAGGCGCCGAGUGCUCCGCCGCAGCCCCUCUUCUCUUUUUUUGUGAGUGUUUUUUUGUAAUGGCGCUGUCAUAACCGCUCUGCUCCGUCUGGGCCUAAGUGAAUCUGAGGCGCCAUCUUUUAAACGAGGCUAACAAAUGAACACGUUUUCCCCCCAUCAAACGGCUCGUGACAGUGAUGCAUGGGCUUCCAGAUGAGCUCUGAAAAACUGAUGGAUCUGCGACGGUACAAGCGCUUAGAUAAACUAAUGCAUGUAAUUACGUUUUCCAUUCCCUCUCCAUUGCAAGGCAUCUUAUUACAAUAUCAUUAGUUGAAAUGGCCGGCAAAAAAUUAUAUACUUUGCAAAUUUCUCUCCCUCUCUCUCUCUCUCUCUCAUUGUGUUUUUCUGUUCCAUGUGGGGUAAUUACUGGAAGUUGAUUUCUUUGACUGGAAUAAAAACGAAUUCAAUUUGUUUGCCUCUCGGAGAAGACAUUAUCAGGCCUCUCUGAGUAAGUGUUGGUAAUUGUUGGAAGUCUUAUUCACCGUCGUGGUGGAUAAGGAGGCCGUGGAGAUGGCUGGAGAUGCCCUGUGUGGGGUGAGACACAGACAGGAGAUAGGGGUGAGUGGGGUGAGAUUUAGGCCUGAGUCUUAUCUGCUUCUUAUAAUUGAUUCCAGUUUUUAUCUCACUCCCGCUCAGAUUUAGGUCAUACCACCCAAGUUUGGAAAGAAACCAAAGAAGGCCUGAGUGAAAACUUGGAGACGCCCUCACUUUUAAACAUUUUUAUCAAACCACGCUCACGAUUACAGCUGCAGCAUCUUUAGCUGCUAGUCACACUUCAAAUAAAGCCGUAUAAAUCCCCCUUGUUUUGCAGAAAGAGUGUUUACUGUUUGUUUUUCAUAUUAAUGUGUACACUCCUACUUUAAGUUCCAGUCCAAGCUGCAGAAAAUGUUGAUAUGUGCUCAGCAUCGCACCCUUUUUUUAUAGUAUCAGCGCUCACUUUACUCAGACCUCUCGUUUCAGCACAUGCACGGGUUUAUGUCGUCGUAGUUAGUUUAGAUGAAGCGUUAUCCUCAGUUUUUUCAGUCAGACAUGGUCCUCUCACACUGGAUUUUGUCUGAUACAUGCACCUUCGAUAAAUAGUUAAAAUGUAUGAAGAUUUAUCUUAUAUAUCCUCUUCUCUGUAGCAGAGAGUGUCAUGGGUGUGAACAGGCCCAAAAGCUGCUCCACCUGCACAGGUGAAUAUCAGAAUAGAUAGCAGCAUGUCGAACCUCUGUUUGUGAUAAGUAUCACCUGAUUCCUGCAAACAUACCAUGAUCCAGCUGCAGCAAAGACUGUGUGUUUGUGUGUUUGUGUGUUUGUGUGUAGCACAUUUAAGGGUGUUUAUGCACGCAUAUUGAAUCCUUCACCCCCUUGCUCUAGUAAACUCCCCCCCUCUUGUUGGAGUGUAACAGCUGCGUGUGUGUGAGAGUGGAGUGACUAUUUUUGCAUCCAUGUACAUAUGACAGUGUGUGUACUUGUUAGUGUCUGUAUGUUUAAACAUGCACAGUGCUCCUCUCUGAGUGUGUAACGCUCUUGCUCGGUGCUGCAGCUGUGCAGAGUCUCUCUCUCUCUCUCUCUCCUCGUGUGUGUGUGUGUGUGUGUGUGUGUGUGUGUGUGAUGUUGUGGAGGAGCAAGGGCUCAUGUUGGAGGCAGUAGUGGAGCUCAUUAGGGAGGUACCAGGGGAGCUCUGCUGCUGCAACCCCCAGCUCCCAGCGCUCCUCUCCGGGUCGGCCGCGCCGCCUGGCCGAGCCCUCAGCCGCAGCCCUUCAUCUGCACACAUCACACUGAAGGCUGUGAGCGGCACAGUGGCAGUAUGCUGUCAUAUGCUGGGUGACGGCUGCACUUCACACCAGCGACAGGCUCGUCUGUUGUGCAGAUUCUGACUGGGGUUUGUGCAGGAAUUCAGCAGAAAAAUCGAGUUUAUGCAAGAGGUUUUAUAAUGCACAUAAUAUUUAUUUAGGUGCAUCAAAAUGAUUGUAUUUAACCUUUCAGUUUUGAUUUCCAAAGAAAUCCAAAGAAAUGCAUCAUGAUCAUCCCAAAUACCUGAGCUGCAUUAGUACAGACCAGAAAAGGGCAGAAAAUCCUCAAAUUAAAGGGGCUGCACAUCUGAAUAUUUGACUGUCUUUCUGUUGACAGUGUGGAGGAGAGAAGAGACAGGGGUCGCCUUUCACAGCAUUUUUUAGAGAUGGAUUUAAAGCUGCACAUUUCUGGAAAAAAUCAGGUUGUAAAAGUUGAGUUCUGGGGAUUUCUGACUUCGAGGAACCUUAUUUGCGUGGACCACAGCUCCUGUCAUGAAUCAGAACAACUUCAGAUCUCAUCUGCUUCAUCUGAAACCGUCAUCUCUAAAGGGAAUCUUAGGUAGGGAGGCAACUGGAGACAAGUGAUUGUGCUCCUUUAGUGUUACCCUCUUCUGCAGAUCUCAUGAAAUAAACGAAAAAACUGAAUUAAAACAUGAACAGCUGCGUAGAAAUGUGCAGCUCUCAUUCUUCUAUCUCCCAUCGUUUUCUUCUUCAUCUGCAGAGCCAAUGCCGGAUACACAUCGUCAUUAUGCUGCCGUGAUGUCGUGCUGUAUUAUUGGCUGUAAAAAAACAUGAUGCAAAAACAAAAUACUUGGAUAUUAAUGAGCUCGUAACGUUAAAAAAAAAACCCAGUUUUCUUAUUUAUUUUUUUCUGCGUCAGAUUGUGAACAUUUGAGUAACGUGCUUUAAGAUUUGUGCAAAAAAAUGUGGAUUCUUUUUUAAGCAGGAAAAAUAUGAAAAUGUGAGACCUCUCUGUCAGGAUAAACAAAGCCUUUAUGAAUCAUCUCUAAGGUUUCUGAAAUAAUGAUUCAAAAGUUUAAACAGGCCUUUUCUUUAAAGAGUAUCUUUGAAUCUGCUUUAAAUUUAUUAACACAGCUUAACAAAUAAAAACGAGUGUGAGAUCACAGACUGAACGGGAAGCUCUGCCUCCCUCCCUCUCUUUGACAAAUGAGACUCUCAUUGGACAAUUAUCGUUUUCGGGAUCGCAAACGUGCGAACAGAAUUUGUCACUGUCACUUUGUGUGUUUAAGGGCAUAUUAAUCAAGUGAUUAAUUGCCACAUAUUACCCACCGAACGCGGCCUGUGUUCCCCAUUCAAGAGCUACUUUGCCUGUGAGCUGAUGGUUAAUGAUGACGUUUUGUUUGCAGAGGGCUGAAUGUGUUUGCUCAGUGUUUACCGGCAGGUCUGAGGGCACUGCCACAGAGAUUAUGACGUUUUUUUUGGUGCUUUAGGUGAACAAAGAUAUUUAUAAUUCCCAGAUUGUGUUUUAACAGUGCUCUCCCUCUCCCCCCAAUUAAUUCACAUUUUUAGUGUUUUCCACUUGUGCAGGAAUCAGGCCUUGUAGCUUACCUUUUGUUUCAGAUGCAUCUCUAUCUCUUUUCAGCUCAGUUGCUGCACAUUUAACACAUUUGCAGAAAACAUUCAGAUGCAUUUUGUCUCUUUUUCUUAAAAUCUCUAAUAUCCUGGUAUGUAUUUGUAGGCUGUAGUCCAUUAGAGGUUGUUUGUUGUUGUUUUCAGUGUGUAAAGCAGCAGUUUUGUGAAAUUUGAUCUAACUGUGAACCCGAAGUCCUUAAAUGUGAAUCUUUUAAUUAACUCUGUAAGUCGAGCUUUAAAUUAGCCAGGUCUAAAACCGUCUUGUUUUUACCUGUAACUGCAGCUGAACAUUUCUGCUCAAACAUUUUUGUGAAAUUAAUACAUGUGGAUUAAAAUCAAUGUCUUUACCUGCAAAAUCCAAUAUUUUUCAUGCCGAUAUCAGGUGUUCAUUUUAUUCUCCAGCAAGAAAGUAAAAUCCUUUAUAUCUCUGAUUAAAGAUUUAGAAAAAUGCAUAUCCCAAAAAAGUACUCACACACAUUUUUCUGCUGUUUCUCAGGCAUUAAAUAAAAGCACGAAGUAUUUUAAGAGUAAAAACCAACAAAGAAAAUCUGCCCGUUUACUCAGUUUGAUAUUAAACUCUACUUUACUUUAAAAAGCAGCUCAUGAAUCUCUUAAAAUUGCCCUCUGAAUCACGCCCGACCUCUGCAACAUGUGUAUUUUUCUUUAAUGAAAAAUAUAACAUCUCCCACAGCAUGGAAACGGUGCAUUUACAGACAUUUCUCUAGUUCUGGUGGAGUUUUGAAAAUGCACCAGUGCUCUAAUUAUACACUAGAGGGAGCUAAGCUAAUAUGUGAUGUGAGCGUGUGCAGCAGACCCCCUCUCUCUCUCUCUCUCUCGGUCUCUCUCUCUCUCCACACAUAUGUCAACACACACACUCUUCAGUUUUUCUGCUCCAGUUCAAAAAACAAUCCUAAUUGGGCCUUUUUCGCUCUCCUCCAACUCUGCGGAGAAAGCUCACGUACGUCUUCUCUCAACCUCCACUCUUAGAUGCACAAUUUAGUUUUGACAAAUGUGAUGUUUCAGUUAAAUUCUUAAUGGUGCUACAGGACUGUGCAGCCAGACAUCAAAAGGCAUACAUUAAUACAUAGGGCUCAUGUUAUUUCUUGUUCUGUUUAGUCUCCCGGGGAGAGGAAUCCUCCGUGUUGAAGUCGAAGAGAUCCUCCUGUUUUUUCUUCUUCCCCGCCGCUAAUAAACCCUGAUAUUUCUUUUCCUAAAGGUAAAGCACCUCGGCACGCAAAUGAGCAGGAAAAAUGAGGGAUCUGAAAACGAGGGGGCCGAGCCGGAUGAUCCGCCAACGUUAAGAGUCGAGCUUUGAAGAAAAUUCCAUCAAAGGAAAAACAAUAAGUGAAGUGCUGUGUGUGUGUGUGUGUGUGUGUGAGUGUGUGUGUGUGUGUGUGUGUGUGUGUGUAAAGCCGGUGUUAAAUACCUCGCGUUGUUCAGAAAUGCUUAAAAUCUCAAUUGGCUCCGUUAACUGGCAUCUGGAGAACAAUGAGUUGAAUCUGUUAGGGGUUUAUAAAAGGCUUUUAGUGUUUCUGUCUACUUCCAUAUGCUGUUUGCAUCUCCAUGUUAGGCUGCUGCACACCUGGUUUCCUCCCCGCUGAGGCUGCGCGCAGAACGUAACAGGAGAAAGUGCGUUUGAGUUUGGUUUCUGCUAUUGGAGCAGCGCUGUGUGGCGAGCUUGAGUUUGGCGUGAUUGACAGUUUCAGGAGAGGAAACAGCCUCUAAAGAUGGAGGUCUAAUUCUCUGACUGAGACGUAUUUGUACAAAUUUAUUAGACUUUGCUGCGACAGUAAAAGGUUAAACCUUUAGAAACAUGAACUGUGGUUGACAUGACAUUUAGAGAGGCUACAAGCUGAGCUGCCACCAAAAAAUGUAAGCUCAGGCGUUAGGUUAAUAUUUCUUCAAUUUUCAUGAUCAGAGAUUUUAUCUUAAAGCUGCAAAUGUGUCCUCGACUCAGGAAAAUCAACACUUAAUGAAGUCUAAAAAUCAGGACGUGAAGAUGGGCUGUGAGCUGAGCUGCCAUGACAGAUGCUAACUGAAGUGUCCUUAAGAUUCAAAGAGUUACAAAACUGUCGUUGUUUCCUCCCCCCAAAAAAACAAAAGUGAUGUCUAAACUCAGGUAGAAUAUUUAAUAAAGCUGUUUCAAAUUUUAAAAAAAUCUGGACGUGAGGAUGGGCUGUGAGCUGAGCUGCCAUGACAGAUGCUUACUGAAGCGUCCUUUAGAUUUAAAGAGUUACAAAACUGUCGGUGUUUCAUCCCCCCAAAACAAAAACCAUCUAAAAAAUAAUAAAAUGGUUUGGGAAAAAAAAAAAAAAAGGGAUGUCAGGAUGGGCUGUGAGCUGAGCUGCCAUCAUGGGUGUGAGGAUAGGUUUCCUUUAGACUUAAUGAGGAUUUCUUCUCUUAUAAAUACAGCCUCAGUUAUUAUCAAAACUCUUAAUAACCCUGUAUUGGGCAAAUUUAAAGGAAACUUCUGUAUUUUAUGAAAUAGGGGCUGCAGGCUGAGCUGCUGGGAACCUUAAUUCCUGAUGUCAUGCAUUGAAAUGUUACAGUUAAGGAUGACCAAGUUCUCCCAGUCCUGUGUUGAUUUGCUCCCUGUAAGAUAUUUAAUUUUCCUCAUUUUUAAAGCAGUUUGGACAUUAAUUGUUAACCUCCUGCUGAAAACACAAACUUGAAGCUUCAACGUCUCGUGAUAAAACGUCUCUCUUCAGUAAAAUCUGUUUGCAUGAUUCCAGUCAUCAGCUCUGCAGAGAGAGAGAGCAGAAAAAAGCUUCCUGCCUCUUGUUUAGCAGAUGUGUGGAGGAGCUGAAGACAUGUUGGUUUCUGACAUUUUCCCCAACCUGCUGUGACACAAAUAGACUCACUGUCACAUGAUGUAUAGUCAACGAUACAUCAGGGAGCAGGGAGAGCGCUCCUCGGCAGAGAGGAGCAGGAGGCUUUCGUAAGGCUGAGUGAGAAAUUUAUAGGUGUGUUAUCAUCUUUUCUGGCAGCAAAACUCUCUUUAGAAACCAGUUUUUACUUUGAUUUAUUCAGGUUUCUUUAGAAAAAGAGGAAAACAGGAGAAAACAAAAGAAAAGCAUGUUUUUUGUUCUCUGCAGCUCUGAUAAAGAUGAAAUCAUCCUGAAUUUUACAUAUUUAGAUAUUUAUAAGUCAUUUUAACCCCUAAAUUCCCUUCUCAUUUAAAAAAAUGAAUUAUUUUUUGUGCUGCGAUUGAACUCGAUCAGAUUUUGGGAAUAAAUGAAGAAUUUACCAAAAAUGUUCCAAGGUGAAACAUCAUAUUUAUCUGAAGAAAGGAGGUUUUGUUAUUUAAUUGUGAAAAUGAUGACAUUUAGACAGUUUAGAUGUGUCUGUUAUUUUAAUGGCUGCAGGUUAUUUUAACACUCGCUGCAUUGGCAGCUGUUGUGGCUGUUAAUUCAUUAUUUACAUAUAAUUGAGGAAAACUCUAAAGAUAAUGUGAAAACAGGUUUAUUUGUUAAUAAUCUGCAGAUAAGAGCUCUAAACUAUUUAGUUUCUAUUAUUUUCUGCAUGAGAUUAAAAACUGAAUCUCUUUUGAAUUUUAUAAGACAAAAAUAUCAAAAAUAUGAACCUUGUUAACACAAAAAUAACCAUUGUAAAGAUGAAAGUUUGAUGUAUUUUCAGCGCUGGAACACUUAAACAAAAAAACAAACAAAAAUCAAAAAUCUAUGCAGAGGUUUUUAGCUGAAUGUCUUUGUGUUUCAGGGAGAAUAUUCUCAUUAUUUAUGAGAGCACAAUGCAGACGUCUUUUUAAAAAUGUAUGAAUAUAGAAAUAUAAAGAUGAUUUUGAGCUGUUGAAUUACUCCCUCUGACGUCUUUGUGUCUCUUGUUUUCCAGGUCUUGAGCUCGUUUCUGCUCGAUCAGCUGUCGUUGGAGGUAAAAAAAAGCCCGUCCUCGUCAGGAUCAUCUCCCUCCGCGGAGGUCAGCACCAUCCUGGAGGCCACAUCACCUCCUCCGCACCUCACAGUCGUCUCUCCAGCGAGCCUGCCAGCUGUCCUAAGCAUCUCUUAACCAGGUGAGACACAGACAACCUCCCCUUUCACCCUCUACAUCUCUCCCCUGACAGGAAAGAGAGUUUGUGUGUUAUCCCCCGAUCGUGUUUGGCAUUUUCGCUGUGAAAUCUCAGACCUCACCGCGGCGCCGCGGGCCGUUUUCCGUCAGGUCUGAGACACGGCGGACGUUGACGGGGCCAGGUAGAGGUGGACCUGUCAGCGCUGAUUUGUCGGGCCUUCACUCAGAGGUAGAGCUGCAGUUUCAAUGAAGUCUGCUCUCACUCAGACGCACGUUCACGGCCAUUUGUCUCCGCCGCGCUGUCCAAACAAAGACAGAGUCUCCCGAAGAGGUCGUUUACCGCUGUCGAGGUGCAUCACCUUCAGGAGAAAAAUGACUCGGGGUGAGGGCGCAGAGCCCAACUGCCUUUUCAGCGUGUUGAGAAAUGAGUGGGAUCAUUUCAGCUGCAAAAUCCUGUCCAACGUUCGCUUGACUGUAGGAGCAUCAUCGAGGAUCUAUUAAACAAAUAUCUAUUCUUCAUGAAACCACCACGAACGAGCAGGGAGUUAAACCUCUCCUUUAACGGAAAGAAACACUGAGCAGGACCAGAUUCAUCGGUGCACAAAUGUCUGCAUCAACCAGGUUAAUAGAAAAAUGUAGAAGAGAAGAAAAGAUCUGCAGAUUUUGAUUCAACUUUCCUCCAAAUUCUCUGAAAAUCAACAUAAAAAAUAUUCCGAAUUUUUAUGUUUACAUUUAACAUGGUCUUCAGGUGAUAUACUUCAGAGAAAUUCUGCACAUUUAUUAGAUUGAUUACGGCCUGCAAUAUUUCAUUUGGUGUCAUGGCAGAAAUAAAACCUUUUUCAGUCGUUCUGAUUGUUUUAGAUGCAGAAUUAUAUUUACAAAUUUAGUCCAAUAACAGUGAAAUCAGAAUAAAAUCACAGUAAAUCUUCAAAGUUGGAGAAUAUCUGUCCUGUUCUUAGUCAAAAAAAGGUCGCUCCUGCAGCUUCCAGAUGUCUGAUUUGUGAGUUUUUGGAUUGUUGUCUGUUUUUAUCAUUUAAUUCUGCAGGUUUGCUCUCGUCACUCUUAUUCUGGUCCAACUGUGUCCUCUGCAGACACUUUUCUGUGCAUUCAGUCUUUGAUUCUGCAACUGCUCCAUAAAUUCAACAUUCACUUUAUAAAUGACAAGUGGAAUAAUAAGGACUUCCUGCAUAACUUCCUGGAAAGCCUUCGACUCCUGCUGGUUUGAGGAAAAAGCGAGACCCCCCUCCAGCUUCUGUAAAACAGCGCCGACUUUUUCAUGUUCAGUGUUUUCAUUUUACAAUUCGAGUUCAGCGAUUUAAAGCUACGCUCAGCAGCUUUGCAUGUUUGCAGCAGCUGUAAGAGGUCUUUAAAAAAUGUGAAGUUAAAACACCAGAGACGCUGUUUGGUGGUGUUUACCAAAAACAGCUGAUCUGUGUAUCUUUGCACUCAAAGCAGCCAACGAGAAGAGUUUAUUUUGGACGGAGGUCGUAUAUUUUAAUGUUUGGGUUGCUCUCAAAGUUGUGAUUGGAGUCCGUACUUGACUUGGGAAAAUAAUUCGGGCAAACAGGGUGAAUCUGCAGGAUCUCGUGGGAAUGUGAAGCUCUUCUGUUACAGCAUCACUUGAAAGCAAAAUAAAUGUUUUACACGUGAGACAUGUUGAGAAACAAAUGUCUCUGCUGCGUUUUUUCAGCGCUGGCGACUCCGGUUUCUCGCUGUAACCUUUUUUAGCCCGUCUCUCUCCCCUCUCCUGCGCCCGAUUUCCCCAAAGUGCGGUGUUUUAUGUGUGCUUUUCUUUGGAACUGCGAGGUCGAGAGCGUCCGAGAGAGAGACGUGGGAGAAUGAAAUGAGGUGGCUGUUUAUUCUCCUCGCCAAAGCCACAUACCUUUUUAGAGUGGCUUUGGAGCGCGGCCUAAAACAACACCAGAGGCCAUGUACACAAAUUACACGUCUCGUACUGAGGAAAAAGAGAGACAGGAGGAUGGGAGAGUGUAGCUCCCUGCAAAAAAUAGAAGAGUUUAUCCAAAAUAUACUCUUUUGGAGCCGUUUAGGGAUCCACAACUUCUUUAACAGAUUAUAAAACCCACUAAAUUAGCUUUUUUCCUUCUUCAAAACCUCUUUUCACGUCUAUUUUCAUCCCGUCUUCAUGCAGAGUUCAUGCAGAGGGCACCUUAGAUUAUACAACAUCACUUUAAGAGCUCAUGUUUCAUCUUACAGAGGAAACCAGCGCUGACUAUGAUAGAUUACACUGAGUAAGAAUUGUCCUAAUUGAAAUGAAUAUCAUAAUUUUUCUCUCCUGGUAUUUUUCUUGUCUGCCCUCGAAACCAGACAAAUACGAGCAGAGCCACAUCGUGUUCACACUGCAGCAGUAAUAACAGAGGUAUUAGUGAUAAAUGCUACACCCGAGUGGAGGUUCUGGGAUCUCAGGGGGGAAAUAACAGCCAGCUGAAAUGAUGGGGAGAGCCGAUCCAACAGAAAUAUUUAGAAAAAUUAACUCCGAGUUUCAACCUUUAAACACUUAUUAACCCUUUCAUGCUCGAGUCAUUAAAUCACAUUAGUGAUGUUUACCUUCAAAACCCGGAAACGAGUAAACCUCGCCAAAGACAUCUUCUUUAAAUAUAGAGAGGGCAACAUGACCGAGCGCUGCAGCGACGCCGAGGAACAACAGAGCGGGCCGCCUCGUAAAUAUAGACCUUAAAUAACGAAGCUAAAUCCAGAGAGAGCGGCGUGUUCAUGUGACAUUAAAGUAUCUGAAUGUAAAUUUUAGUGAGUUCAGGUCAUCUGGACAGAAACAGAAAUAAACUCUAUAAAAAUAUUUCUCCAAGUCAAAUAAAAAACAAAAAUAUUUCAGGAGAAGCAAAAAAACACCAAAGUAUGACAACAAAACAGAUUUUGCACUUAUAUUUUUGCUCGAUGAAACAUUUCUACGUGUGUUUUGUGAUAAGCUCUUUUGCAGUUAACCUUCAGGGCCACCGUAGCGUCACAGCGGCACGUUAAGAGGUUUUUAGUUUCAACUCGGGGUGAACAGUGACGAGGAUGGCUGUUGGCAUUAACGGUAUAUCCUCUGUAGACCAGAGUCUCAUUUCAGUCCAGUCUGGGCGGUCUGCGCAGACUAUAAAAGUCUUAAAAGGAUGCAAAAAGGAAGCUGAAUGAGAGAGAGUUGUAGAAGAUAAUAAGAAUUGGUGCUAAUACUUUGCACAUGCACCCCCUAACAGUCAGGAGGAGGUACUGCACCUUAAAUGGUUAAAAUUUUGAGUCCUCUCUCUUCAUAACACCCGGUUUUUGUCUCCUUAAAUGUCCCCCCGUCUGUCAAGUCAACACAGAGACAUCCUGACUGUUUUUACCGUCUCUGAGCUCCGUGCGUUUUCCUCUGCAGCCUCGUUUUUAAUUUCAUGUCUGGCUUAUUAUUAACCAGCUUUUCUCAGCACUUUAUCUCUGCUGCUGCCCCCAAAAAUGUCUUCUUAUUAUUAUUAUUCUUAAUAUUGUGACCGGUUCUUAUUUACUGGAGUAACCUCAGGAAAAGUAACAACUCCUGGAGUGUUUACCCACAUUAAUCUGCUGUGUGAGCCCUGAUCCGGCCUCUCUCCCCUCCCUACAUGUGACUGAGUGCCUGGACCCUGAUGGGGGCAGGAAGGGGUCAGCGUGUAGCAGGAAAUGGGGGUUCCUCUGCGCCAAAAUGAUGAUGACCAGCGGCCUGGAAAGCGUACACACAUCCAUCAUGACAGUCCCUAUCUCUGACGGGCGUGAAUCGAUGUCCACAGUGUGUGAGCAGGAGUGUAGUUUGUGUUUUGAGGUUUUUCGAGGUGUAAUUACAGACUUUAAAUUUCCACUGCAGGGAGAGAAAGGAGAGGUUUGUGUUUGGUUAUUGUGUGUGAAAAGGUAGCUCAUGGUUCCUCGGAGAGAUGAGACCCAAUAUUCCCUGUGUGUACUGUUGUGUGUGUGUGGAGGCUCAGUAUUGUUUGGCAGUCAAACAUGACAUUAGUGGUGCUGCGGGCUUUGACACACCCCAGCUGCACUUUGUGUGAGAACGCAGGUUUGUGACUAUUUUGGAUUUUCCGUCCAGUCUGCGGCGAGCUGAGGCGUAAUCACACAGCCGUAGCAGAGCCCCGGUUAUUUAUUCUUCUCCCUGACAAACACACACACUCAGGAAUAUUCAAAGUUAGAAGAUGAAACACGGAGCUACAAGAACAACAAGAGGAGGGAGAGAAAAAAAACACACACACACACAUGCACAAGUGCCCAAAGGCCGUGCAGAGGCGGCCACAGCUGCCGGCUGGUCGAGCAGGCUGGCUGCUCCCAGGCUGUGCAGAUGUUAGGACCCUGAAGCACAUUAACGUACCUCUUAACCCCCCACCCCCACCCUGAUUCAGCUCCCAUCAUGCUCACACAGCCGUCUGGAAAGGAUGCACAUUCACAUAUGUACACACAUGUACACACACACACACACACACCAUCUCUGCUGCUGGAUAAGAGAGGAAUGUGAGUGAUUCUGAAGAUGCUUGACGCAACUCUGCAAGUUCAGCCUCACCGUUUCUCCCCGAACAGACACAAGCUCUGGUUUGUGCAGAAAGUCCGACCCUGAUGUAGAGCCGAUCGAACCGUUAAUGAGGACACAGUCAGCUGACAGAGUUUUCCUGUUUAUUGUUGCAAAAAGGCGAUUAAACUCCAACCACAAUAAUGUGCACGGAGGGUAAGGUAUGCAUGCAAUUAAGAGCGACGGGUCAUUUUAAGGAAGCGCUUCCUGCUGUGUACAUUUAAGAAAAGUGCGAGGAUGCACAGCAGACACAGUGAAGCGCAUGUUUCCCAUGUGUUGUGAGGAGGCAGAAGUCAGCCAGAUGAUCUCAGGGCUGUGUGUGCGCGAGUGUAUUACACAUUACAUCUUCUGCAAAGUCACCACUAGAUCUCAGGACCAAAAGCACCAACCAGCGGAUGGAUCUAAGGCUGAUGAAGCACCGCCAUGGUUUCUAUGAUGGAGAGCAUCAGCCGAAGUGUCCUGAAAGUUUAGUUUGUGCAGAGGUCACACGUUUACAGCCAGGGAAGUAUGUAAAUGUCUUUCUGAACUAGACGGCGGAGGCGACUCAGCCUGCAGAAGAAAAACUGUGUCUGCCCAAACGGGGCGUGAUGCAGAGGCAAAGCACCAGGGCGGGCAAACAGCCAUGAAAUCCCUGAUGCUUCCUGCCAGCGUGGAGAUAGGCCCCGCCAACUGUCCAAAUCCAGAGCGAGUCCUCGUUCCUCCAAACCGCUAAAGCCUCUCCCAAUGUCAAGUGGCAUUUAUUAAAUACACAGAGAGGAGGAUGUUUUCAUGCGAGUGUCCCCGGUGAUCUGUGUGGUCCAAGCCCCAGUGCCAAACCCGUCUUUCUCCUCCAUCUUAGCCGCUUCUUCUCGCCGGUUUUUGACGCCGGUCCAGAUUUGGGGGUAAUCCCUCUCAGGCCUGCAGGAGUCUCAGGUACACCUUGCGAGCGAACAAAUGUUUGAUAAGACACGUGGUUGACGGGGAACAAUAAAUAAGCCAUCAGAAGAAGAGAGAAAACCUCCGGGAGAUCCAUUCAAGUCCUCCAAAGAGACGUUUCAUGCCACACUCGGAGGACUUGAGAGGAUUUGGGCGCAGAUUUGUUCUUUUCCCUUCGUCUUUUGUGUUUUGGCGAGGGGGGUAGAGUAGGGUGGCAUCCUCCACACCCGCCCAGUGGAAUCAUGGGUGGUAAAUCUUUCUCUGCCGGAAACACAGCAGUCAAAAAGGAGUCCCUGUCUCCUCAGGGGCCUCAGAUUAUUUCUGUUUUCUACAUGUUACGGCCCUCUGAAGUCGCCGGAUCUUAUUUUUCUGUUCCGCCGCAAUCUGCCCGCGCAGAUGAUACCGGCUACAGACCCCGAGUCAACCGCUUAUUGUUCAUCUUGGCUACAGCUGUCCGGCAAUCCCAAGAACAUGGGAGUUCAUAUCCAAGGAUAAUCUGUUUUCAUGUUUAAUGCCGUGUCUCGGGUGGAUGUGAGCUUUUUUUGGUCGAAGAAUAGAAGUGGUAGAAAAAAACGAGAGAGGGGAGGAAGGGGAAACCAGCUUUGGAAAACACCAGCUCCUAAUCCUUGGGUGACCACUGGCGAGGCCCAGAUGAGCGUGGACUGGAAUAGUUUUCAAACUAGCGAGGCCGUCCUUUUGUCUUUUCAACGAGCCGCAGCACAUCAAGCAGAGCCGGGGACGAGGCGGGGCGACAUGAGAAGCUCCAUUUAUCAGUUCACAGUUUCAGAGGAUAUUGCAAAUCAAUUUAUUAGAUUAUGAGGCCUGCUUUGAGCUCUGCUUUUUCUCCCCCCUCCCCGCUCCUCCAUCCUCUGCCUUCAAACGUAAUAUUAAGAAAAAACUCUAUUUCCAGAUUAUAGAGCACUUUAUCGCAGAACAAGGAAGUAUAAAUUCUGGCCCAGACAUCCUAAAUCCUAUUUUCUCUCUCUUUGGUUUUACAGUAACGUGGAUUCAUCUUCUCAAGGACGUCGGUCUAAUAGAGUCUGUUGUGCUUUAGUCUGCAGCGACCACUUUAACCUCACAGACACGGAUUCCUGUAAAAACACAAACUAAUCACUGAACACUUAAAUCUGUAGUAUAGAAAUUACACAGGACUGUAUGCUUUUAUUACAUUAGAGCGUACAGGAGCAUCAAUGACUUUAAAACCUUUAAAAACAGCAGGAUGAGUCUGCAGAUACUUUAAUUUGUCAUCAAUAAUCUGAAAUAUGCAAAUGAACGCUGAUGCUUUUUGUGAUGCAUGUUGCAGCAACUUUACUCAAGAAUUUUGAUGUUAUUUUUUCCCUCAUUUGUGGAAACCCGACUCCUAUGUCAUUAUUUCUUCUUCUAACCUGGUCUUGGGACUUUUGUAUUUAUUCAGAGUCUCUCAGGAGAAUCGCUUUGGCUCCAAGUGUGGAUUCAGGGCGAUGAGUUUGGAGAAUUUUCAAGACAGCGAUGAGAAAAAAAAGUUUUUCAGGAGAUUUAGACAGAGACAAAACAUUCAAUUAUUUUUUCUUACAAUUGAAUUUUUUCUCUCUUUGAAUUGGAGUUAGAUUUAUAUAAUAUCCUGCUCUGUUUUUUUUUUCUCAUUCUUCCUUUUAAAACUUUAAAUUGUUAAUUUUAAUGUUGCAACUCAAAGAAUUUUAAUCCUUCAAAGUUUCUUCUACCGAGUUUUCUGACAAACUUCCUCCAAAACGUCUUUUUUAGCUGCAUCCAACUUUCUCUAUAAGGAUGGACAUUUUAAAGACACUUGGGGAACCAGACUUGGCUCCUAGUCCUCCGUUGGUGACGGUCUGUGCGGCGGCGGUGGCGGCGGCCCACGUCAAGUAUAAAGUGUAAUAACACGAGUCCAUAAUUAAUCUUGCAGCGAGUGAUCCAAUUAUCCAAUUGAAGCUGCAGUUUGUGAACGCUGCUCUUGUUAUGUUGGAGAUAAAGCUCGGACUUCUGCAACACCAAUGAGACUUUUUCUGAAAUAGCAUUAUCCGUGUUUGGAGACACUCUCUGAACGAGGGAGGAUUUUUCUCUCUGCGUGUUUCAAAGCAUAAAAAACAUAAUUCACACUGGUAAUCAGCGCCUCUCGAGUUGGGAUGACUUAGGAUAAAACCCUGGAGGGGAGACACCCCCCCUCUUUUUUUGGAUCACCAUUCAUCUAAUACUGGGAUUAAUGGGAGUGAUGGUUUGUGUGCCAGACUGUUUGUAGUGUGAUGUUCCUCAGAGUCCAGUCAGUGAUUUAUGAAUUUAACUAAAGAGCAGAGAAGUUAGUUACAGGUACGACUGUGUUAAAGCCCCUUUUAUUCCUCUGGAGUUCAGCUGUUUCAGUCAUUAAAAAACACAUUUCUCUUGUUUUAUUUAAUUAUUUAAAAUCACUAAUGCAAAAGUAGAAAAUACACCAAAGGUCAGGCUGUAAAGUUUCACUGAAGCGUAGACGUAUGAAGUGUAGAUUUUUGAUUUUGAAUCAUUUUACAAUGAAAUUCAAACCUUUUAUUAUUUUAGUUUUCAUCACAAAACAAGCAAGAAAAAAUAUAGUUUAUAGAAAAAGCAUGUAAUUUAGACCAUUUUUCUGCACCAUAAAAAAGGAUUUACACUUUAAAUAAAAAACAGGAGACCGUUUUUUCUUUUGGUGCAUCAUACUUUUAGAAAUAUGUCAGUUUUAAAAGCAGAAUAAGACAGAGAAGUGCCCAAAAAUAACUAAAAUUUAACUAAUUUAUGCAAAUCUGUGCAAGACAGUUGUGCAAAUUGUGAAUUAUACUGCAAGAGUUGUGAGUUCAUGACAAAGUUAUGUAAAAAUUUAAAUGUUUUGCACAUAAAUAAGUCAAAAGAUAGAGUUAAACACAUUUUCUUGCUCCUACUGUAGGUCAUGUGAUUUUGGGGGAAAUAAAUUUACGCUGCAUGCUUGGUUUGCCAUUAAACUUAGAUUUUAUGAAUUUAAAUUUUUAACUGUGUCUGAACUCGAUUGUUAGAUAUCUUUGAUUUUAAACUGAGCAAAUACAACCAAACAAAAUGAACUGAAUUGCAAAUGCACAAUCAGUGUGUUUUAGCUGCUCGUACGGAGGUCCACAAGGCUCCACAUUAGGGCCCAUCUUAUUCAGCUUUUUCAUGAGCGAUUAACAGGAUGUAAAAGUUCAGUCGUGUGCAGAUUAAACGGCUUUGUCUGCAAAUCCUGCAGCAUCAUCUGCAGAGACAUUUUCAGUUUAUCUUUGGUGAUAAGAUUUUAGUGUAGAUCAUAAUAUUAAACAUUUAAAUUCUGUUUUUCUCCCUAACUACAGAUAAAAUUUAGAUUUUUAAUUAAUGCAUGCUGCUGAAAAUAUUAAUUUGUAAAUUUAACCAAAGGUGUGAAAAUAGUGUGUAAAUCUCGCACCAAUCAGGAUCUUGCACGUUCAGUUCACGACCUCCUCACCUCACAACCUUCCACAGACCGCUCCUCAUGACCGUGCAGGGUCUGCACUUUAGCUCUCUGAACCACAGCCCAGCGUCUCUGAGUGUCUGCUGGUUUGUGUGUACCUGUCACUCUUUAUCCUAUUAAACCCCAAAGACCUGCAGAAGAGAGACAGUCCCCUGCUGCUUCUGUUUAUCCAAAACACUUCUGCUAAUGGACUGAGACUCGAAUCAAAUCUGACCCCGAGAAUGAGAGUGAGCAUUACCAAAAACAAUACCACAAUCCUCUCUCGCUAAUUUGCAGCACAAAGCCGGUUUCCAUUUGGUGAAAUCUUUUUAUUUUGAGGAAAGACGAGGGCGAAACAAAAACUCAAAUUACAGGAUGUCAGAAUUUUAAGGUGGAGUUUAAUGAUACAGACAUGAGGAUACCUACGUUAGAUUUUUGCAUCUUUACUCUAAAUCCUCAAACAGAAGAUUCAUUUUAGAUUAGCUCCAUGUUUCUGACAGAUCCCUCUUCAGUUUGAGUUUUUUUUGUGUGUCUGCUCCAAAAAUAGUCAGACUCUGUUUUUUUUUACUUUACAUAUUUAACCUGCCGUGACUCUAUCUGCAGAAUUCUGUGGACUCUCUGCAGCACACGUUAUCUCUGGAGCAUUUGUUUGCAGAGCUCUGCUAUAAAACCAGAUCUUGCACCUUUUCUGACUGAAUGUGUUGUUGCUGCAAAAUUAUUGCAAAUAAUGCAUGAAUGAAGAAAGCACAGCUGUAGAGUAUGACUUUAUAUGUGAUUAUUAUACAGAAGCUGCAAAUUUUAGCUUUAGAUUUGGUAAAUUUGUGCACUCCUCACUUGUUUUCAUCUCCUCCUCAUGUUUUCUUUUUAUCCUUUGCAGUGAAGGUGUCAAAUUUAUAAUUAUCAGUCAUCGAGCGGUGAUAUUAUUCAGCGUUUAGAUGAUUUUACAGACGGACUACUUCAUUUAAACUGAUGCAGAAGUUCACUGCAUCACUUUCUGUUUUUAUUUCCAGUCUGUCAGUCUGAAAUAACCUCAAAUAAAGCUCCUGGGAGUGCAUCCAAAACCCAAACAUGUCCUUUAAACUCUUGACUGUCCACCUUAAGGGGAAGAGUAGAGAGAAAAAAACAGGAGAAGAAGAAGAAGGAGGAGGAGGGGAGCAGAGAGGAGAGUAAAAACAAAAAAAGGAAUCAGAGCUGUUGAAAAGGACGUUAUUAGCUUGGUCGCGGUCGGAGCCCAUUUGCGUCCAUUUGCAUCUGUGCUGAAACCUGCAGCUGAGAGCAUCUCGGCAAUGCGUAAUGACCGGUUGUCACAACAACACGGGAGGUGGCCCCGCCGGCAAAAUGACGGCCCUGUCACUCCUCCGCUGAGACGAAACGCUGGCAACCUGUAAUUCCCCUCGCAGCGCUGCUUCCUUCCUGCCCGCCGCCUGGUUAAAUGGCACUUUUGAAGGAAGUAAAUCUACAAAGUUGUGUUUAAUAGCGAUGCCAGAGCCAAAUGUUUGACGGGGUGAGGUGUGUUUGCAGGGGGGGCGUGGAGCGAGAGGCUCACGGGGUUAAGAGGGAUUUGUCAUUUGUUUGUGCUCGCAGGCCUUAAUCUGUUCAUUGAAACGGCCCAUCUUUUCAGCUAGCCUCGCUCAAAGUAAAUGAAAGACAAUUACAGAGCGCCGAGAAGGCAAGGUGGGACGCCGCCAGCUCAGUGAGGAGGAGAUAUCAGUGCUGGAUCCCCUCUGAUCCUGGACUCUAAUGUUCUCUGAGUUAUUUCUUCAUGAACUGCUCGGUCUGUUUAGUCCAAGUGUUCCUUUACGGCUGAAAAUGCUGCAGAGAAAACUUCCUGUUCUCGUGUUUUGACUGAAAUAAAAGCUGAUCUGAAUGUGUGGAGAGCGGGCUGUGACGGAGGGCGGAGCAGAGACACACGGAGAGCUGGUCUAUGCUUCUGUUACAGGUUUGCACAGUUGAAAUGAUGCAGACUGCAGUCCCUGUGAUUGGUUUGACCUGCAGCAGACAUUUCGAACAUUUCGUCCCCCGUCGACUUAAACCGCCAGGCUAACCCGAGCAUGUGGUUCUGACUGGUCAUACGGUCGGUACCUGGUCCAGGUGGGUGUCACUCCUCCUCUCUCCCUUAAUUUCCUGAUUGGUUGGGAUGCAAAGUGACGAUAACUGCUUUAUCUUCAUCGUAUCAGCGCUUUAACCUUUCUUUAGCGCUCUGAAGUAGCAGCGUCCUCCUUCUGUCGUCUUCUCGGAGGCCUUACAGAGGCCCUUAUCCUCCUGCAGUCCUCCACUUCCUUCCUCCUCCUCCGUGUACAUCAUGUGAGGACGUCGAACAUAUUUCACACAGAUGAGCCGCUCAGCAGGGAGCCGCAGAUCUGCAGCUCGGUCGUGAUCUACCGAACUCUUCCUCCCCGUUUUCCUCACUCUUUGUUUACUCUCACACUGAGUUAGUGAUGGGCGCCGCCGCCGCCACCGCAGCCCCUCCUCCCCCUUCCUCCUCCUCCUCCUCCUUUUCCCCCUCCUCCCUUGCUUCCCCACCCACCCACCCACCACCUCAUUACCUCCUCUACCUGAUGGGCCCACUCCUCUUCUCCUCCCUCUCCACUUUUUAUUUAUAUAUUUAUCUAUUCUAGCCCGGCUUUGCGGGUUACCGUUUUUAAUAUCAUCGGUGAAACAUGAUUAUUACCUCUUAAUGCCGAAAUUACGGGGGCAUUCUUUUUGUCAUCCUCGCCGUUGCAUUUUUCCCGCGUAGCACCCCGUGGCAGGAACAUCUUUAUCUCCCCAUGUGCUCCUAGUUUUAAAACCUUUACCCCCGCUGUUUGAAAAAUAUUUCUCAUUUUCCUCCCCCAUGGCGUGGAGAAAUCCCCAUAGGCGAACCAUUAGUGAUCUUUCUGCCUUUCCCAAACACUUAUUACUAUCACCCGCACUCCUUGAGCUGCCUCAUUGGCUUUUGGUAAAUUAUGCAAAUAAGGUGAUGUUCGAACAUAUAGUUUUGCUGUUUUUCUGCAACUGCGCAAGUUUGCACAGCCUUCCACCGAGCAGCCGCGGCACCAUUAAAGUGACUGAGCACGUCAGCAAGAUUUAUGCAUCAGUGACAAAUUAUAAUGCUCUGUCGCUAAUUUCCCCGCUGCUUCUUCUUCCUCGCACAGGUUUAGUUAUGUGUUUGCCUUUUGGGGAGGCCUUCGGUUGUGAGUUUUAGUGUUUUUUCUGUUUUUUUUUUCUCCUUGCAUAUCAAUGUGUCACUUGAAUUCACAUCUGCAGAGACAGGAGGCUGCAACCCAAGCGCGUCAGCUCGAGUGUUUGACUCAUUACAGACGAGAGAAAGUCUAUUCUGGAGUUUCACUUUUCUUUUAGAGAUUGUUAGAGUGACUUUGACGCUGCAGAUGGACGGACGGGGAGGGGAAGAUGGAUAAAAAACAUGCAAAUUAACAUUUAAUGCGUGAAAUAUGACAUUUUAAAGCAGGAAUAUGAAGAAAACAGGGGUGUUUUUUUACGUCGUCUGGUUAAAAGGUUGUUAAACAGCGCCGUAUAGUCGAGUAUUUUAUUUUGCUGACAUCAGAAAUCUCAGACAAAGACUGCAGAUGAAAUCCGACUCUGAUUUCAUUUGUUUGCAUGUGUAGAAAAAAGGUUUUGAGGAAGAGUGCGUGCAGCUGAGGUCUUCUUAAAAACUCUAAAUUUGAUCGUAUCAUCACGCAGCAUUUCUUAUCGUUGUUUCAGAUCACGCCGUCAUGAUUUCAGCGCUCAGCUUCACCGCAGUGAUGUGCUGAGAUCUUUCCACCAAGUAGGGGUGUCCCCUCUCUCCACCGAUGGCGUCUCUCCAAACGUUUCCUGAUAAGCUUCUCGAUCCCGCUCUGUAUUUUCAGCGGCGACGUCACGUUUCUGUCCGAACACCAAAGACGGUCUAACUCAGUCAAACUGCAGUUCUGACUUCUGGGUAACGAGCGUGUUUGUCUGAGAGCUCUCUGAAUGUCAGCGGACGUCUGCCUUCAACUUCCCAUGAAGAAGAAAACGAUAAGCAGGGAGCCGGUUGGAGACGCUCGGUCGGCGCAGUACAUUGUGAUAAUGACAUUUGGGGAGGGAUAGUGUUGCAAAGCUGUUAAGCUCUUUCAUUGCACCAAGAAGAUUAGUCGACGAGAUGGGGCUGAAUGACAGCGAAGGUAGCGUCCCCAGCCUCGCCUGCCGAGGACUUGGCAUGCAGAGGUCCGUUAAAAGCCAAGCGCUUACUUUACACCGAGGACCAAUUGUCCUUCACUCGCAAAGUAUCACAAACCCCCACAAAGCAAGGGCACGCUGUUGUUUGUGAGGCUUUCAUGUCCACGGAUUUACCGCCGAUUUCUACUUCUGCGCUCGUUUUUUACCUUUUUAUUUUCGCUCUUCCUUCUCUGCUGCGGGUGACUUUCAGCAAAUGAUCUGCCUCUGCAAAGCUCCUGUUUUCCCAUCAUGCCCCAGCACAGAGGUUUUUCACACAUCCAGAGUCUGCUGAGGCCUGUCUGUAUUUAGUUUAUCUACUCACCCAACCCACGCUCAAACCCCCAUUGGUCGCAAAGUCGCCACAUUAGGCCUUGUUUGACCGCACCAAAGCAAGACGCGGGAACUCUGGACAGCUUGUCCUAUUAUCUGGGACAGCGGCCUGCCAUGCCUUUAACUCUUUGUCACAUUGCCUAUUCCCAUUAUAAGCCUUUGGGGAGCAGGGGGCCGCCCGCCUGCAUCCUAAGUGUAUGUGUGUAUACAUCAACGCCUGUGCUGGUCGGCGGUUUUAACCCGACUUUCCCCACAGGCUCCUGGAAACACUUUGUCCAUCUCUUGAUGCUCUCUCUCUCCACCCACGCAGGAGUCAUUUUUAUUUAUUAUCUCCUCUGACAGCAGAGGGAAUGACGGGGAGUCGGAGAAAGUGUUUUGUCAGUUCUUAAGUGUCUGACAAUCCGAAUGAAGUUUAGCAUGUGAAGAACAAGAGGACGUCCCCAUUUUUUAUUUAUUUAGCCGCUGAUGGAAAGACGGGGACGGGCCGCAGAGAGAUGGAAAUGACAGACGGUCGCUGAAGCCACCAGUGAAUUAAAGAAGUCUCCUCUCUGUCAUGGAGGAAGGCUGGAUGCUGUGGCGUUAGGUGGGGAGGUAAGGGAGGGGGGUGGGGACUGAGCGUGCUGACCUCCAGCUCGUGCCCCUGCCGGUUCCCCCCGGUGGCUGCAGCCCUGAUGAAACACGCAGGCUGCCGGAGGAGUGACAGGAAGUCCUCUCAGGAGGGGAUCGGACUCAAACAUGGCGGCUCCUGGACUGUCAGCUCCUCCUCUCCUCUUCUCCCUGAUCUUUUCAUCAAUUUCUCAAAUCAGGGCGAACAGUCGGACCGUAAAGGAGCGCCGUCUGAGAUCUGGAGGAUGUUGUUACUGACUUUAGAGAAACUACAAAAAUCAAACUACGAAAUGUGGAAUUUUCUGCAUGAUUGUUUUAAAAGAAAUAAAGACAUGCUCAGAGGCAGGACUGUGGGAUCAGGGGUCUAAGAUGUUAGUUAAACUUUAGUUUUAAUAAAAAUAAUUAUCCCAUUCUGCAAAAAAAGACUUUGAAAGAGACAUAUAAGUCACAGCUGCCUGCAUGGUUGAAGUCAAAAAUAAUAAAAUCUGUUUUUACUCAGAGUAACAUCUAAGCAGACUCCUUAGACUCACAAUGAAAACGUUUGACACAAAGUGGGACGAUUUUUCCGUCUCUUUGCAGCCAGUAAAGUCGCCCCCUGCUGGUCGUUAAGAAGAAUACAUUUCCACUGAGACGUCGCUCCUCCAAACAAAAGUCUGCUUCCUCUGAUACGCAUAAAAAAUGAAAAAUCGAGCACCUGCAUGUAGAGAUUUCCUUUCCUGCAGAUUGAUUGAGGGUUUCACACUAAAAUCAUCACCUUUUUUAACUCUUAAAUAAACGUGUUUGAAAGUUUAAACGCUCCUGAUGCUUCACCUUUGUCCUCACUAACCUACCAACGCUGCAGAUUGACGUGUUUAUUUGUUAAUUUGGGUCUCCUUCAGUCCAGAGCCGGUCUCUGAGGAGUCCCACCGUCUUAUAGGUGGUUUUGUUUGCUUGUCUUUAGCCGAGAGGACAUAUCCGUCCAGGGGUGAUGUUUAGUCACAGUCUCUCUCUGAAUUCCCAGGUGUGAGCUCACGCUGAGGCUGAGGCCCCGAGUGCCGCCGGGACGCCGCCGUGUGCGUCUCCGAACCAGCGUGUCGUGUUGAGUUUGGAGGGUACAGUGAGAGGAGAGCUGACCUACGCCUGCAGAAAUGCACUGAGGUGAGUUCUUGGAUUCAAGUUUCAGAGACUUGAUUUUUCAUGCACACCUUUAAAAUGUUGUUGACAGGUGAGUAACCGUCGUUUUAAAGUCAAAACACACAGAUAUGAACUCAAACAUGUGCAGACGUGCAGCUCGUUUCCAUCUCCACAUACAUACACAGUCAUACGAGCAGACUUUGCUUAACUUGCCUCAGCAGUUACAUAAACGCAGUCCUCUCUGUUGUAAUUUGUGGCCUCAGUGGGUUUCUUGUUUUUUUUUUUUUUUUAAUGUGAUGUUUAUCCCCGCAAACACAGCAAACAGAUUCUGUGAGAGCGACGACAGCCGUGAAAAGCCUCGGCGAGCACAGCAGGUACUCCUGAGCUCGGCUGUAACAAAUACCUCUUAAAGACUCUUAUUUAAAUGCCCCAUCUGCUUUGACAGGUGCUGUUUGAAAUCUAACCCCACGGGGGACAACCUUGUAACUUUUUUACGCGCCUCUUUGUAACCGCGCGAGCGAAAACAACGGGGAGCGAUCUCUUUUGUCAACCCGUCGCCGCACUUUGAAAAAAAAAAAAAAAAAGCAUACUUUCGAAAAAGGAGUGUUUUUGUGUGUGUGUGGUGAAAACUUUAACUCAAAGAUUUCUCUGCAUGUGGCAGCUUUCCACACACACACACACACACCCGCCCUCUGGAGAGCAUAAUACUGCAGAUUAUUGUUUGUAUGUUUGUCAUUUCUCCUGUAAAAGCCUGAUUUGAUAAAGCCGCCUGUUAUAUUAGGACUAAUAAAGCAGCUCUACCUGCUCUCCCCUGCUCUCUCUACAAAGAUGAAUUACCCGUUUAAUAAAUAAUGACAUGCAGAGCACAAUGACAAUUACCUGACUUAUUUUUCAUUCAGGGGAGGGGGGAGCUUAGAUGGAAGACACCUUCGGCUGUCACGGAUGGCAGAGCGUAAACUGCACGCUUUAAGCUUUAAUUACCUUGUUGUUUUUGUCCCUCCGUCACACUGGCCCCUGCACUCAAUCAUACUCCUGCCAGCCACGGCUGCACUCCAGAGACCCCUCUCUCACCCCCUCCUCCCCCCGCAGCCCACUGCUACACAUUAAGAAUCGAUUAAUAAACAACAUUAAUAUCUUUUUUUUUCCUCUUCGCUCCUCUCCUGUCCUGAUUUCUCCUCUUUUGUUCGCCUUUUUUCUUUAUUAAAUCUCUUGUCAUCAGGCUUUGUUCGCUCGUAGAGGUUCACCAAAAAGCAUCGCAUUUAAUUGCCCGCCACCCUUGAUUGCAAGCUUGUACAUGUGUGUGCAUGAGCGUGCAUGUGUGUGUGUGUGAGUGAGGCCGCCGCCAUUAAAGCCUCCUGAAGGAUAAUUGCUAUCAGUGUAAUGAUCACAGCGCUUUCAUGUAUCGGGCUCCUCCAUCUUCCAGAUAUGUGCCAUUAAGAGCAAGGUUGUCUUUGUUGCAGCUCAUGCUUGGACAUAGGCCAACCCCCCUGAAACACACACACACUUAGACACACACACACACACACUCUGCUCAAGCUUAGACAUAUUUCUAAUAUCCUCCUCAAGUGGGAAACAGAGAAAACAGAGGUACCGUAAACGAGUUACAGCGUCAUUGUCACCGCGGUGAAUUCAAACUGGUGCCGAUAAGUCGCUCCUGAUCAGGUAGAGCAGAUUUUCAGGGCCGAUCCUCCAAAGAGAGAGAGCAGGAAGUCUUUAUUGUGUUAUCCCCAACAUUAAGAAUGCAAAAGCCUCCAUAGAAACAAAAGGAGGAUGAAAAAAAAACACACUAGCCAGACAUCUUGGCAUCUGUUACCAUUAAUUUACUGCUCACUGCUUUCAAUGUGAUUUCCUCCCAUAUGUUUCAGAUGUGUCUCUGCCUUCGCCCCCCCUGAAAACAAACGGCUUUUUCUCUGAAUUAUUCACACACACACACACACACACACACACACAGACGCAGGAAAACACACGCACACGUAAAAGCACCAUAAACAAUUCAUCUGCAGCUUUAUCAUUAAAAGAUGUCACACUGACUUUUCAUGAAAGAUACUCUUCGAUUUCGGUCCACAUGUUGUGUUCGGUCUUGUGAAGAAAAAAGAGGCUCGCGCACACGCACACUGACACACUCGACGGCAGCGCACACACACACACACACAUAAGUCGGCAUCUUGACUAAACUUUUGAUGCAGCCGCGCUCGGAGGGAAAUAAAUCAGGUUUAAAUGUAAAGAAAACUCUGACGACAGCGACGCCCGGUAUAAAAAUGUAGUGAUUUCUUGACAUUGUGGAGUUCCUGAUCAGAUAAGCUCAGGUGUGUCUCCUCACACUCUAAUAUGUUUAGUCUGAACUCACUCCUCUACACAAUCCCCCGUGAUGGCUCACAAUGAGGCAGGAACCGUCCCUGGUAGCCCUCUCCUGAUAACAGUCUCCGCUGUAAUGGCUCGCCAUUGUUGUGAAAUCACAAUACGCUUUCAGCUGUGCCGCCGUGACAGGCCCAGCCCGAGCCGCCGUCUUUGAAGUCUCAGACCCGGUCUCAGAUGACUCGGACUGAGUGAUUGAUGACGCCGAUCAGGAGCGGACGCACUGAAGGAAAUAUGGAUUUAGCAGAGUGAGAGCGGCGAGGAGGGAGAAACCUGGAGCUCAGAUAUACUUUAACUUUCACAGGCAGGAUUUUAAGGUGAUUAUUUCAGUUUCACUCCAUUUGUAGACCUUUAUUGUUGCAGAGAUUAGUUUUCCUUUUUCUAGUCCUUUUUGGCUUCUUUAAAUCCCUAAAAUGUUGAUUCACAAACUUUGUUAAAACCUUGAACAAAAUAAAUGAUUUCAGUUUUUAAUUAAGGCCACAAUUUAACGAAAAUACGAAAUCUUUGAAAACAAAUUGAUCACUUACAAGCGUAAGAGAAGAUUUCUCAAAGCUCAGUUUUUGAAGAGACAAAGACGGUCGGUCUAAAAUGUAAUCUGUCACAUCAACAGACAAACAAAAAGAUAAUUUAGAAGACAUGAGACGACUCUAGAAAGUAUAAAUCCUAUUUUCGAUCGGUUUGAACAUGACAGUGCGGAGAACCUCCUCCCUCCAGGAGGGCCAAAGACCGAAUAAUUCAGCUGUGAACCUUGUUUGUCAUCCUCCCAAUUUUCUCCUAACAGCCCAGUUUCAAAACUUCUCCGAGCUGGAAGACGAAAUCGGAAAUCAGGCGAAAGUUCGGCGGGAAUUUCUGCCGGGAUUACACCAGUUUAUCACGCCCGGUUUACUGUGUUUGUUUUAUUUAAUUCAAGGGAAAACAAGACGGCGGUGGAGUGUUUGUGACUCGAGUUUGUGACAGAAAGAAAAACCUCCCACUGUGUCGUUUGCUCCAGGUUUGCUCCGAGUCAUACACCCCUGCUGUUCUCCCAAACAUAUUAGAAAGAGCACACACACACACACACACACACACACACACACACACACACACACACACACACACACACAGACACACACACACUUGGCCUCACAGGCUAACAGCUGACAGCUAAUGAGCUCCGCCAUCAUCACAGCUCAGACAAAGUUGUGUUUCUGCCCCGGUUCUUUAGAGUUGAGGCUUUUUCUGCAACUUGCUGGAGUAGUUGCAAAGAGUCAGAUCGCUCUGUCGUUUUGACUUGCAGAUAUUAUUGAUGUUUAGUGAUUCAUAAAGUGGUGAAUCAGUGAGUGAUAGUUAAAAACGAUUUCUAAAUAACCUCUGAGAUCAGAAACAUUGGCAGUGCUUUUUAAUCCCCAUCAUAUCUUCAUGUUUUGUUGAAGGAACUCAGUGUCUCCGCUCUAACAAGAGCGCUGUUGUGGCGAAAAGUCACAUGCUAACAUGGCGCAGUUCUUCUCUCAAACUUUCCACAAUCUUCCUGACACACUCGGUGAUGCUCUUUGACAGAUCUCAGACACAAUGGCGAACUCCAACCAAAACACAAAGCAGCGUCUUUGUUAGCGGAGCGGGACUUUCCCGGGCGAGCGCUCGGUCAUGGGGACGGUUUCAUCAGGAAGAAGAAGUCCAACCAUAACAGACGGCUGCUUGUGCUGCGAGGGAGGACAAGAGGACGAGUAUUUGGUUUACAUCUGGCUGUCGUUUGUUUCUCCUGCUCGUAUUAAGACAAAUAAAGCGGUGGAAACUGAUGCCGUUACGAUAAAUUACGCAAAAUUAAUGACGUAGAAAUAAACUCUCUCUGAGCAGCUCCUCUCUGCUCCACGUUGGCCCCGUCGAGAGGAAAAGUCUGAGUGAUCCCAAAGAUCCAGAAAACAGCAGGAAGUUUGGAUGUUUUCACUCUGGAUUUGAGUCUCGGCUGUUCAGACCUUCAUCGAACAGCUGACAAUUGGAGCUGUGUAAAAAGUAACACCCACAGACUGUGUCUCACUUUCAGAACAAAGUGUUCAGGCAGAGGCUCAAAGCUGAAACAUACAGGAUCAGCGUAUUUGGCAGCAGCGUCAUGUAUCACGCAGCAAACGUCGCAGCAUCGUAUCGAGAGCAGCUCUGCUAAAGAUACGCGACAAGUCGAUUUGCUCUAUGCUUCCAGUGCACGUCAACCCACACAGAGAAGAUCGUUUCAGACAGGAAGUCGACUGCUAGGCUCCAAAUACACUGAUCCUGUAUGAGAUACCCAACGCUGCACUACGGAGAAAAUACGGAACAACGCGCUCAAUACGGAUCCUGUAUGUUUUCGACUUUAGUGUGAGAGAAAUAAGGAGUUUUUUCAGCUUCACAUCAUGCUGACCUGAAGGUCCCACCUUUAAAAUGAGAUCCAGAACCGUUUGGAUCCUGCUCAGAUGUUCAGAACCCGCUGUCAUGAGUCUUUGUGCGGUUUGUGUGUGUUUGCUGAGAGUUUUUGGACCGGGGUCGUCGUUUCAUUUCAAAGUUUGUGUCUCCACAGACGGACUCACUGUCCCCAGCGUCUCUGACUGCAGACAGCUCUAAUGGGGGAAGUAGACAUUUCUGUUUUUCCCUCCGUUUGGUCUUUCUUUCCUCGGUCCGUGUGCCGUGAUUGUGACAGGCGGGGAGACGUCUGGGGGGCAGAUGAUGUCAUUUAUUGAUAAGCUGACGGCCGAUCACUAACAGGAGGACCAUGUCACUGUUUUUUGCCUCGGCUCACCCGCCCAUUUACCGUCACUGCUCGCAGCCUUAUCAAACAAAUGGAGAUGUUAAAAGAGAAACCAACAAACACAGAACAGAUCUGAUUGUCUUCGAUUGGAAACAGAGCGUUUUCGGCGCAGUGAGUCAUCGCGUGCGGCCCACUUCCUUUUGAUGUGCGCCACAGAAAAUGAUACAAAUUGCAUUUAGCCCCCUGUGAAAUACAAUAAGCGUUUGGCGUGAUGGAGAACAUUUUCAUUUAUGAGCAUGAAGCUUUAAGAGAAGGGCUCCCGUCCUUAUCUGAAGAGACUCAUCGGCUUCCUUUUUGAUAAAAACUCGAAAAAAAGAGGGAGAAGCACCGGCAGCGGUGACGAUCACUCUGCAGUCUGAUUCCAUCAAGAUGUGGAUGAACUCAGGAAAUAAGAUUGAGGAAGUCGGAUGAUAUAUGUGCUUUUAAUUGAACUGUACAUACAGGCGUUUCCUCUCCGCCAUAUCUGAUGUGAUUUUAUUCAGCCUGUCUGAACUUGUUUGGAUUAACUUUGUGAGAGUCAAAGCAGAAGUUUCUAAUUUCAUCUUUUCUUCUACUGUCGCUUUUACAGCUUCUGGAAAAACAGUGAAGAUACAUGUAUGAUGUUAAAGCUGAUACUCUCUAGUAAAGUCUGAGUGAAGAGAAACUUUCACUCAUGUUUUUAUUUAUUAAUACGACCUGUAUUUGUUUCCAAUCAUGUUGGCACGCACUCUCUCUUUAAUUUAUCUUUAAUUUCCAUAAACAGGGUAAAUUCCCAUCAUAGAAGCACGUUAGCAAAUUGAUUUGGGUUCAUACAGUAAAUUAAAAGCCGGCUAACCGCUGCUGUCUGAUCUGCUCAGUUGAGGGCAGGAUCUCCUUGACAGUUGUGGUCUUCACCCCAACUUUCCCCCACGUCCCUCCGCCUCUGUGAGUCAGUGUUUCCCGUUUGCUAAUCACAGAUGCAUUUAAAGAUCCGAUCAAUUAUUUCCUCCACUUUUUAGAGCUUUGUUUGUUCGAGAUUGUUAAUUAAAAACAAAUCAGAGAGCUGACCCAGAACUGCGCCUCUCUCCGGUUCAGGUCAGCGGAUGAAGAGAGGUUUAGACCCAAACUUUUGACCUCCAGGGACUACGGGCUGAUCUGGCAACCGUCUGCAGGUCUGGGGUUGUUUUAGGGUCACAGACUUCAGUAAACCGCUUGGAAGUAUUUGCAUCUAUCCGUGUCCUGCAAGAUCUGCAUUUAGCCGUUGCAUUGUCUCCCUGCAUCCAUCACAUCAUGCAAAACAUGCAGCACCUUUGACUCCAUCGCACAGACUCUGAGAUCCUAUUGUUGCAUGUGCAUGACACUUACGCCGUCAUAUGAUUCCCACUGGGACCUCCAGCUUCUAUUUGCUUUGGAUGUCUGUAAACAGGUAAUGCAAUAAGAGACGAAACCAGAUUCAGUCAUUGGAAGAGUCAAAAACAGCACCCAGAGGAGAUGCUGCAUGAAAAAUGACCUCAUCCCCUGUAAAUAGACGGGCGAAUAGAUGGAUAGACAGACAGAGCUGCGAGUGCAUGUGCGCUUUGACCCAAGGUAAAUAUAAUGUGACAGGCCGGGGCUUCCCUCGAGAUUGUGUAAUUGUAUUUUCACAUUGUCACGUCAAAGUCGAGCAGAUUCCCCCGGAGCGUCUGCACACAGAUGGGUAGUGCUGCAUAUUUUAAAGGUGACAAAACUCAAUCUUAGAUCAUUUUGCAGGAAUAAAGCUCCGGUACCUCUCAGUUUCUCAGCAAAUUCCUGCAGCCCGGACAAAUAUAGCGCGAGUCCUGUUGAUUUAAGGUAGAGUAAACUGGAGAGAAAAACAGUGCACACAGCCUGCAGGCCAGCAUUACAACUAUGCAGGAUCAGCGUUCGCAGAAGAUUUGAUUUAUAACCUUUACUUUAAUCAUUUCAGAUGCCAUUUAGAUGCCAAAUCUCAUUUAUUAAGAAGAUAUAUGGAGCUUUAAUGAACACUUAAGAUGCUUUGAUAAGAGGGAGAGGGCCUGCACGGCAGCUAUUCAGAGCCGCGUCCCUCAUAAAAGUGCAUUUAAAAACAAGUAGACUGAACUGAGGUGAAGUUUCACUCUUCCAGUUUUCAGGAAAAUUCAUCUAAAGAAGCUUUUCACUCCAUCCACAAUAAAAUAAAUACGUCAAUAAACCAUGUUAACUUUUCCACUCAUUGUUUAGUAACUUUUGUGACCAUAACCAGCUCAAAAACUGUCGGCAUACACGACUUUGAGCGGAUAAAAGGGUGUCGAUUUACUCAGACAGGAUCAUCUUAUCAGAGAUAUUUUUAUCAAAAUAUAAAAGUUUUCAAUCUGCAGAAGUUUGAGUCUUCAGUUCAUCAGAUACCUCCACCCAAAGCUAGGUUCUGGUUAUUUCAGCCCCGGCUUCUUCACACGUCCAACUCGGUGAAUUCUCCCCGUUUGGAAGUGUUCUGAAGGGAAUCCGUUUUGACAGAAAACCCUGUAAUUAAGCGUAUUGCUUUGCCCUCUCGCUAAGCUAAUGGCUUUAUUUUGACAGUGUUAAUUGUCAUAAUUGUCAGAAUGGUACCUCUGACACUCGGCCCGGAAGACGUUGGCGAGGAAUUGUUGCACGUUGAUGAAAGCGUUGUCAUACAUACUUCAUCUCAACGAGCUAAUGCGGCCCGCGCCUCGCCUCUCCCCGCCGAGCCUUAUGGGACGCUGCAGCCUCGGCUUUCUAAUUGCCUCUAAUGAAACGCCAGCGAGGGAGGUGAUCUGCUCCUAUUUAGUUCUCCGUCUUUAAAGGGAGACACAGAGGCAGAUGGGAAUGAAUGGAUGGAGAGAAAAAGGAUGGAGGGAGUGGAAGAAUGAGAGAGAGGAGAGAACGGGCUGAGGGAAAGUAAAGGCAGGAAGAGAGAAAAUGAGAGGUAUCAAGGGGGAGAAACGAGGCCUUCUUAGAUACAUCUUCAUAAGGAACGCAUGCUAAUUAAGGCUGAACCCCCUCUCUAACUAGUGCUGAGAAACUUGACACAGUGAUAUGAUUCUGCAGUGAAGUGCUGCAGGGCUGCCGCUCUGUUUGUGUGCAGGUUUACUCUCACUCAAGUGGGUUAGGGUUGCAGCGAAGAGGUUUGGACAGCAGAUGGUGCUGUGCGUGGAAACACAAGCGUGUAGCUUUGUUCUGCACAGAGGAGAAGAGUUAGAGGUCUGUUUCCUAAAUGUUUGUGCAAGUGUGCAGGAGAGUGACUCCAAGAGCUUCUGAAAUCGUGAAAAUAACUUAAAUAGGGUGUUAAAAGAGAAAAGUGAAGAGGAAUAAAGUGAAAAUCAGCUCCAUAAAUUAAUUUUUAUUGUUUUUAUGUCAAUUUGAAUCUCUGGUCACUUUUCUAAUAAAACAGAAACAUCAAAUUUAACCUGCUUGUAAAAAAUGUUGGCAUAAGAAGGUUGAAAAACAGUCUUGGAUCAAUUUUUUAUGAUUUUAGCAGAAAAAGAAGCGGAUGUGCAAAUACUGAGUUAAACCUUUCACUCCGUCUGUUUUUAAAUUUAUGAUUUUCCUUUUAGAUUUUUCCAUUUUCAGGCAUUUCUCAUACAUUUCUGAGCCUAAAACGUCUGAAAAUCCAUUAUUUUACCUACAAACUGUAAUAAAAAAGCAUAAGACAGUAAUGCACUCCCAUUUGAUUAACUUGCAUGAAUAUAAUAGAAAUAUUGUUGCCAAAGCCUUUUGUGAUAAUCAGAUGAAGAGGAAAAGAGCGAGAAAACAAAGUGAAAUUCCUUGUUUUUGUUUCUGUUUUUGUGAGCCUUAUUUUGGGUUUCUUUUCUCUGGUAGUCUUUGUGACCUCCAGGUAGAUUCUGUAAUGAACACGAGAUCAUAAUCUCCGUCUUUAAAGAACCCAGAGAUGCAGAAAUUGCUCCACAAAUUGCCACCGAGCCCUCAAACCCAGAGGAAAAGUCCUCUCUGACUUCACCGCAAUAAUCCGAGUGCAAUUAUUGCAGCAGCAGCCGCAGCGACAACAACAACAACAUCAGGGUCACAGAACAGAUAAUAUGCACUGAGUUCAAAGGCAACCAUUUAGAUGAAUCUGUGCAUGUGUGUGUGUGUGUCAGUGUGUGUGUGUGUGCGCUGGUAAACAGUAACUGGGAUUAUCCAGAGGAGGAAAAUGGAAGAAAACGAGACGUAGAUGGAGAGCGGCCCCUCGGAGAGCUCUCCAGGUCCAGAUAAGAGAAUUACGGCACGACAAGGAGGGUUGACAGAGCCAGCUAAGUCUGUUUAUUAGCACGCACACUUCAUUAGAAACCAGAUCAGAUUGAUACCCCCCCUCCUCCCCCUGUUGGUCCUGUUGGUAAAUAAGCAUCAAUCCUCCUUCCCGGGUCGACUUUAACCUGGCCGGGCUUCAGAAUCGCUCCUUAAACGGCGACAAAGUGUGGAGGAGAAAAAAAGGCUAAAGGGAACAAAAAAAAAAAAUCUCUGGGAUAGUUUUUUAUUUUGAAAGAUUGAUAAAUAUGGUGGAAUCUCAAUUAGGCGUCGGGCACGAACGCAGAUAUUAAAAAUUUGGUCAAGAAUCUAAUUAGCUGGAGGUAAUUAAACAGUCUCACACAGGGUCAUUAAUCUUUCCCGUGGACCUUUGAUGUUUUGCAUACUGUCUUGCAAGUCAUUAAUAAAAUUCAUAACGCUUUUCUUUGUGGUGUUUUAUCAUGGCCGUUUCUUUUUCCCUCUCACCCCCCCCCUCCCUCCCCCUUCUCCCUUUCCUAACCCCUCCCCCUCCUCCACCUCCUCCUCCUCCUCCUCCUCCUUCCACUCUUCCCAGUGCAAGUGUCAACACAUCACAAGGGCCUCUCCUCUUGAGUUAAUUUACUUUUUGUGCAUAUUACAUUUUUAAAGUUGCACGCACUCCGACCCCUCCCACCCCAGCAUGCUCCACACACCCCCCUCCUCCCCCCUCCUCCUCCUCCUCCUCUUCCUCUUUCACCACUUUUUCUUUCCUUUUUUUUUUUUUUUUGAGAGCACAAUUACAGCGGCAGAUCAAAUUAAAUUCUUCUGCAAGCACAGCUCAUUUGGAGUGUAAAACAUUCCUCGGCAGUGUGCAGCCGAGUGUGCGGCGUGUCAGCGGCGCCUCGCAAGACGGGAGGAGAAGAAAACAGAAUUGUGUGGCCAUUGUGUCCCCCGUAAUUAAAUCCCCACAAUCAGUCCAUCUUAAAUCAGUCACGCCGUAAAUAUGAAAAGGGGCCGGGAUGAGCUUGAGUACUUACUCGGCCGUCAACACAGCGGGGUAAUAUAUGUUAUGUAAAUGUGUCGGAGAUUAUAACGCCGGGGACUGACGCUGCAGCCACGUAAAUAUGAUGCAAACACAAAGGUGUGCGGCUCAGCAGGUACAAACACACAAUCGCACAAACAAACAUCUCUGUGCGUGCAGGGGGAGAACAAUCUGAAUAAAUGUGUGUUUUAGUGUGUCAAUGUUUGCAGCUGAAGGUGUGAACUCGGCCGCGUGUGUACGCGUGUGCACGUGCAUACAAAUGUGCAGCACACACACAUGAACAGAUCGAGUCCAUAGGUGCAUGCGUGUGCUCCCUAUAGCUUCCUGUGUGUUUGCUAACAUGUUUGUGUGACAAAAAUAGCCCGCACUAUAUUUGUCUGUGUGUGUGUGAGUGUGUGUAAGCACAAACAGGCAGGUUGUGUGUGUGUGUGUGUGUGAGCAGAAGGCAGUGAGUGACAUUAAUGCACAGCUAUCAUGGUGAGCGUGUAAGUGUUGCUGAACCCCAGGAGGACACGUCUCAAACGCUGACAGCUGAGAGUCGCUCUGAACAAAAACAAAAUGCAUUACCGAGUCCGCCGAGUGAAACAAAUACAAACCAAAAUACAUGUUUUUACACUUUUUUAACAAGCCGGGCUGAAAUGGAGUCAGUGUUUAUUAGGCGAGGUAAAAGAGUAGCAGCAGUAUCUCUUUCGCUUUAGUGGGAAUCAGUCUUUAGACACAAAAUUGCUCUCAUUUUGUCAUGCUAGUAAACAGCCCCGGCUUUUUAAGUGCGGACACCGACGACUGCAAACAUUAGCCAUCAGUAAAACAUCAACCCCAGUCAAACCUGCUCCAUUAAAGCUGCAGAGAAAUCAAAACAGAUAUCUGAUUCAUUUUUGUUGGAGAUGUCAGACUGUAAUCAUCACCGAUGCGCUCAUAUCCAGACUUACAGUGAGACACACAAACACGAGGACUUUUCUCCUUUUUCCUGCAAAGAUUGUUUGAUUUAUUUCUUAGUGUGGUUGUAUCACUGGAUGACCAACGGCUGCAGAUUGUUUAUGUCUCCAAAGCCAAAUAAACUCUUGUGCACGAGCAUGGCUUCGUUUUUACAGUUCAGACCGCUGGUGUUGACCAUCGGAAAACAGCCUACAGAUUUGUUCCGUGAGUUGUGCAGAUCUUUGCUGAACAGAAAAAUGAUAAGUUGGAUCUGUAUCAGUUGAUUUAAUGUCACAAGCAUUAAAAAGAGACGACAGCAGCUUUUUAGGGACACUGUCCAGAGGAAACACCUGAUCUGACGAUGUUUUUAUUCUGAUGUUGUUUUACGCCCCUUUAUUCGAGCCGAUGAUGAACUUUUAAUGUAAAGAAGUUGUUAUGCAUCAUGUUGUCUGCAGGAACAUGUUUGUUAUUGAAUCACAGGGUCCUCUCGUGUGGUCUCCCUCUCCAUUCGCAGCAUCUCUGUGCCCCGCUCUCCGCUCAGCUGUUGUCUGUUUGUGCAAAUGAAGCUCCUGUUUUAAAACUCAGACCACUUUUAGCUGCUUAAAAAAACAAGAUAACUAGAGUUGAGGGAAUAAAAACGGAGGUUUCUGAUGCCUGGAUGUCACUAAUCACUAAUUUUAAAUCAGGUUUUAUUCUCUAUUUGCCAUCCUGAGAUCGAACUGAAUCCUUCCUGCAGAGAAACCUUUGACGGGAGCAUAAAGAGACUUAAUUUUUCUAUAAGGAAUCCAGAGAAAAUGUCUUUUUCUGUACAAAUGAGGGCCUGUUUUUAGACGUAGUUUGCCCUAAAUGACAAAUAACGCUCCUUAGGAUGAAGUUUUAGUUGGAUGUAGUGCGUCGGCGCGGCGGUCAUUAACUCUGAUGGUCAUUUCUGAGGAUGUAUUUUUGCUGCCGUUGGAUUUUAUUAUUAUGGUUCUCUGAGAGGUGUUAUUAAGGCUUUGAAUAAUUUCAAAAACAGAAAGAAAGUACGCGUUAGUUUGUUAAAAGUUUUCCUCCUUAUGGUGAUCUCCUGUGAACAUGCUCUAAACUAAUAUUGGAGAAGAGGCUUUGACAAGAUUUGGCCCCAAUUAAGCCUCCGUGUGCGAAUUCAGCAGAUGGAGGGGGGCAAAACUUUCAUAUUAUACUUUGGCUCCGAGGUUUCUCUCUCAUUGCCCCAGUCAAGAGAAAUUUGGAUGAGAUGGCAAACUGUGCGCCUAAUUAGCCGAGGAACUCUUCGAAAAUAUCUCUGCGUCCAUCGCUCACGUCCAAACACAGGAGAGAGUCCGCAUAAUAUUCAUCAUUUCACACCCGAACGUGAGCAGAAGAGUCGGAGAGAAUAAAAUCUAAAAGCAGCCUGUAAAUAUUUGUUCCAUAUUUAUAAAACACGCUCUCUGCACACAUGGCUUUGAGUCAGGAAGGUUUCGUUUGUUUCAGGAAACAUGCUGCGAAUGUUAUUUUUAAUUUCAGCUUGUAAACGCAUCUUAACCUGCAGAGAGGUUUAUCCGACAGUCGGAGUCAAUAAAGAUCCAAAUUUUAAUUUGUACUUGUAUCCGAGCAGGAAAAAUAUAUAGAAAAAUGAAGGGCUGGUUUUUUUUCCCCCAAUGAUGCAUAAAUGUAGCCUGAAAUCCUCGGCUGUUUUAGAUUUCUGAUGAGCUGCAGGUUGUUUUAAUUUGACUCUGAAUCAAACACGACCUACAAAACACAAUUUCAAGUGUUGCUAGAGUAAAAAAAGAGAUAUCAUGGUAAAAGUGGCUUAUACAGGUCCAACUUUGCAACAACAAAAUGACAAACAUCCUCUAAAGUAAAACAGAAACGUUCGAUAUCUCCUCGUUCUACAGCAGGGUUUACACCUCUUAGCAUUAACGUACCGGGGCUGGAUUUAGUGUUUUUUUGUGCUCGAGGUUCAAAAGUGUGCAAACCUGCAUGCAAAAACUGUCUCUUCGGUCGUGCCUUGUAGUCAAAUGCACGAUAAUCCGAUAGUCCUGCAAAGUUAUUAAUUGGUUCCCAGGUUCAGAGACACUGAUAGGAAGCAGUUUUCUGCAUUUCUUUGUUGCAGAACAACCUUUGAGGCAUUUACAGAGAUAAGCAAAAGCAUUUUACAGUGACGUGAUCAGAGGAGGCGAGUUUUCUGCAGACCAGCCUGAAACGAAGCAUCUCAUCACACAGACUCACCUGUGUAUGAAACACUCUGUCCUUUAACUUCUACCAUACGAACAUACAAAAGUAUUUUUAUUCUGCUAAAUUAAUCCUACUAUCUUGGUCCUGUGAUUAUGGAGCUGAAAAGUUUAAAACUCUCCUUCUGCACUCACACUGACAGAUAACAUGCACCAACAGUCACAACACUCGCCGCCUCGGCUGAGGAAACGACAAUAAAACGUUGAACCCUCUCAUUGAGGGAUACCAGGCAUACCAGCUCCUUCUCUUCCUCCCUGUUCUCAGUCACAGAGGUCAGCCGUGGAGCAGCUGGGCACAGGAGAAACGCUCCAGUCUGUGACGAUUAUAUCAUUUCCUCUUCUGCUUCCUGUCGACUUCAGUUGCCAAAAGAGAGAGAGAGGGAAAAAAAAUCCUAUUAAUGGGCAAUUUCCAGAGGGCAGCGGGGGUAAACCAGGAGGGAGCGUUAAAACUUCUCUAAGUGGUGUUUCUGACUCAGUGUUUCUACCUGCAGGUGCAGACGCCGCUCUGCAGUGAGAUAAUCCAAAGAAACGUCGACUUUCAUCCUCCUUUGUACCUUUAAAUCAGCUGGUGUUUAUGUGCAAACACCCCCCAACACCCACCCCGGGCCCUUUCUGUGUCAUCCUCCCUCCUUCCUGCAGAAAGAAGUGUGCUGCUCCUAAAUAUAACCUGGCAAACAGAGAGGCGGUGGGCCUCCAAAGCACAUUUCAUACACUAUCAGGGGGGUGUUAUGGAGGUAUUCGCUCACCUGAUAAAACGACGAUUGUCUCCCAGGAGAGCCCCAGGAAGAUAAAAUUAUUUUGAGUGGGAGCACAAUGGCGGAGGUGCUUAUGUUAAUCCUGACACUUCUUUAAAAAAAGGCAGGAUAUAAGAUAAGCUCCUGCCUCAAGGUAGAGAGAGAGAGAGAGAGAGAGAGAGAGAGAGCGGAGGGGGGCACUGAUACCUCCACCGCCAUGUGAACAAAUCCACCUUCAGCCAAUUCCUCCUCUGUGGAUCCCCGUCCAAGUUUGUGUCAGCGCGUUUAUUUGCAUAAUUCACACCUACUCCCUGAAACCCCCCCAAACAGAUCCAACCCUCCCCCCCUGUCGCUGCAGGGGCGCAGGAAGCAUAUUGAAGCUGCAGUUUUAGAAAGACUGAGACGAAGGAGUGACCUCAGUGGGAGGAGCCUAAAUGGAGGAAAUCAUAAAUCUCACUCAAAGAAGAACAAGUUUUUGUUCAGGAGGGGGGCCACAGGCAGAAACCCCGAGCAGGACCAGAUAUGAGCUGGGAUCAGAUCCAGACAUUAGUGCUGAUGCCCCUUUAUGACCUCCUGUGUUACCGUAAAUACCCUAAUAUAAGAUAGUUUUCAGAGGGCUUUACUGCGGGUAAACUUUAACAAACGCCUAUUUUCAUAUCAGAGUAAACAUCCAAAUGUCUGAUCUGAACCUGCCGGGUUUCUGUGACGAACACGCUCUCUCGCUCUGUCAGACCUGAGAGACGUUUGCGUCGGUCUAAUCCUCACCUUGUUUUGGGAGCUUUUUUUUUCAAAGGUUACAUAAUAGUCGGGGGAUCAUUUGUUUUGUGCUUGGAGACUCCUGACGCUCGUGUUUUCUUUCCUCCUUUGCUGUCAUGUUUUAGGAAACCCAGGAGAGGCUCUCCCCGGGGAUCUACGGUGACUAACUGUGGCGGUGGCGGCGGCGGCGGCGGCGGCAGCAGCCUGGCAGGUAUUUCACCACACAAAGACUGUUUGUUUUCUUUCACACAGACUAUUUUUAUCCGUCUUUCUUUGUUCCUCUUUUCUUUAUUUAAAUAGCAUCUUUUCAGUUAUUCCUGCUUGUUGUCGUCUUAAUUCCUCCUUCUCCCUGUCUCCUCUCUCCUCCUUCUAUUUUAAUAAGACGUGUUGAAGGAGGAUUUUAUUAUUAUUUUGUUUUAAGCUCCGCCGGUGCUCUGCUAACUAGCGUAAUUAAACACGCUUGUUAACAAUGGCAGCUAAUGAGGAAUACAACGGUUUGAACAAUGGGAGCUGAUUAGAUGAAGACAGGCUGAUAAAGCUCACAGUCAGAGUUUGUCUACCUGCAGACACCUGUCCUCUGACAUCUCUGAUGACCGACCGCACAGAGAGAAGAAAACACGCUGAGAGCUCGUGAUUUAGCCGGAGCAGGACCACCACAUCCUUUGUUCGAAUUAUUCUAGUCUGAAAAAUGUGUUUUUUUUUCCGCUCAUAAUUCACCACAUACUGGAUCUGAGAUAUGCGUGCUUUAGAACGGUGCAGCAGUGGUCCAAAAUGCUUCUGGGACCUUCCUCCAGAUUGGUGAUGCACAACAUGAUAGACAUGUGCUGCUUUAUUUCUCCAAAGAACUGAAAUGUUCUGCAGAAGUUUAAGUAAAUUAGUUUAUACUUUUAUAUGAUGGAAGCAGCAGGCCCAGGUGCAGCAGUAAACGCGUUUCAUUUGUGUUGGCGUACAGUCAGGAGCAAAAUCUCCACAAUCAAAAACUUCUUGGUUCCAAAGAAAAGAACCAAAGACGGUUCUCGUACCUGUGUAUCUUGCAGCGUCUUGAUUUUGACGGCAAACUCUUUGGGUUUGUGGAUGAACUUCCAUGAAGCCGAGUCAGAACCCUCCCCUUUAACUCCGGUUCAACCCCGUUUUGGGUGUUUCUGCAGGAUGAAGCGUAGUGGAACUGAACCCAGGAGCUCCUGUGUGAAAACGGCAGAAAACCAUUUAUAUUCUAUUAUGCAGCAGUUAGUUCACACUGUGCAUGUUCCCCUCACAAAGAGGCCGAGCGCUCCGUGGAGGUUAUUUACACCAUGUUUUUUUUCUCUCCCUCCCUGAUACGGAGCGCGGAGACCUUUUGAGUGAUACAAUGGUGCAUUUACACGGAGGAACAGCAACCUGACACACCGUAAAGUACUUCUGAAAAGCCCUCAAAACACGCCGAGAGUCGGCGGGGAAAUGAAGGAGGCUACAGAUAAGAGUCGACUUGUAAAACAUAAUUAUAUUUCCGUCGCCGGGGUGCGCCGGCAGUUGAAAGGAAUGCAUUUAACCUGUGAUUCAUGCAUGGCAAGAAGUUGUGGAGGGGAAAAAAGAACAGCAGUUAAAUUGUGGAGGUAAGAAGCCUUGAAUAAAGUGUAGCUAAGGUCAUCCCAUCUUAUGAGAGUAAUUUGAUUCGCUGCUAGUCUCCUCUCCUGCAGGGAAAAGGAUUAUAUCUUCCUCCUUUUUCUUCUCCCAGAGGAUGGAGAAAAGGUCUGCUGGUAUUAAAAUCCUGCGAGCAGGUUUGGGCUUCAAUAACUCCACAAAGUAACAGGAAAAAGGUCGGACUGUCGACUCGCUUUCGUGCCACAACUCUUAAAAGCUUUUCCUGCUUACUUCUUUUUACAGUUCUCCUGAUUGAAACUGGAUUCGUUCUUUUAAAUCACUGCGUUUCCUCUCGGCUCUUGUUUGAAUUAAUUUACAAAGGGCUCAUUUGCUCGGGGAGGAAACCACAGAUGAGUAUCAACACUUUUGUAUAUCACAGAAUAUUUAUGUCUUUUCCCGAUCAGAUAAAUAAGCUGAGCCGUGAUGCAGAUUCGGACUUUAUCUCCUCUGUACUGUUCGUGUUGCUUACCUCCUCGGUUUCCGCUGAUUUUGGUGCUGCAGUAAACAGCAGUGUUGUUUCUCUGCAGGCUGUGCAGGGAGAGGUUUCCUAGUUCAGACGGAUAUUCUGCUGCUGAUGAGGAAAUCACAUCCGGUUCUUUUGGUGCAUGCAGGAAAUCAAAGCUCGAGGCUGUGAGACACAUUUCAGACCCUCCUUCACCUCAAAUACCGUCAAAUAUGACUUAUGCAUAGAAAUGAUCAGGAGUUAAAGUUUUUAAGGCUCCAUUUUUGUGACUUCUGCAGGUGUCACAGGGUGUUACAGGAAGGUGAGGUGAAACAUCAGCAGGAUUUAUGAUUUUAUACUCAGAUCAUUUUGGAGGAACUGCCUCUCUCACGUUCAUUUACAGUCCAGAAGCUGCAGAUAAAUCCUCUCUUUGGUUUUCUCUGCUGGAGGUUUAAACUUCCCUCAAAGAUUCACAAACAUUUUAGUGAAAAUAUCACGUAGACAUGCAGGUUUUGAGGUCAUUUCCAGGUGAAGCGUCACAGCUGGACUUGCUUUUGUAUGCCCCCUCCCUCCCUCCCUCUCUAUGAAAAGUCUGAGCCCAUCCAAUCAGGCAGAUUUACAGUACUUGAACUGAUACUCCAUCUGGAUCGCCUCCACUAAGCAGGUUGGCAUCAUUUGAAUCAUUGGAGCUGCUACUGUCUGCCAAUCUUCAUACAUGAAGCCGAACUCUCUAUUCAGACGUAUUCAGGACUUAUUUUAUAACCUGAGACACCGGAGGAGGGGAUUUCUGAAAACAGAGAGAGUUUGAAGCCUGUCAGUCGAUCCUGAAGAGAUAUUAUUGGCACCGUCUGGUACAAUAUCUGUGAGCUAGAUGUGAAAGAUCAGAGCCAUGUUUCGCCUGGCGGGAUUUUCCAACCCUGCUGGGACUUCAAAUCGAGGUUAACCUCUAUCGCUGUCACCUUCAUCUGUCCCCCCUCUCCUCCUCCUCCUCCUCCUCCUCUUCCUCUUGUCUGUGCUCUGAACUCUUCCUACCACAGACUUCACACUUUCACCACGAGUGCCACCCAAGUUGGCCGAAGUGCUCCUGCAGUCGGAUCAAAGUCGUCCAUUCUUCGGCUCCGCGGCGUGUGAAAGGUGAUAACAUUGCUUCACGAGUCCUCCGACGCUCUGCUCUGCGGUUCUGGGCAGCACCGUUCGCCCUGCACCGGCGUCCCCUCCCCGGCCCGCUAAGCCUGAGCGCGGCGUUUCCUUUUCUCCAAAUUGUAAUUAAAAGGGAAUAAUUAUUUCUCAGCGGUCUCGGUCCAAACAAACAGACUGACAGCUCUCUCCGUUCAGCACAGCCCCAGAGUUGAUAUCUCCCCGGCGGCUGCUUUUUUUUCUCUGCUGCUCUCUGAAGCUGCCACUUCUUGGUUUUAUUAUCUUUGUCUCCAGCCCUGGCCCUUCGUGCCGUUGCUGGCGCCGUUGGCAGUGGCCUUGCCCCCGCCAUCCCUCUGUUCCACGCUCAACUUUUCUCUCGCCACAUGAAAGUGGGCGCCCACAGAGACCCGACCACGUGGCCUGGACCGUACCUUUCGCUCCCAAACUUUCCUGACCUAAUUAGCGCCAAAUUAAAUCGGACAGGAUGCAUUCAUUAUUAAUUUCCCGGGCUGGGGGGUUGGGGUCUUGAAAUAGACAUUGGACAGAGAGAGAGGGAGAGAGGUUGAAUUCGAGGCUCUCUGGCUCUCUGUCUUGGACUUGAUUUGAAUGCAGCGCACAGCAUUAGCAAAGAAACACAAUGCGAGUUAAUCAACGCACUUUGCAUGCGGCUGUGUUCCUCUUUCUGUGUCUGCGUCUCUCUGCAGCUCUGGACGAGCCGCCUGCCAAAAAACUCUCUCUCAUCUCCACGUGAAGCUGCAUGUUCGGUUUCAUGUCAGCGCUCUCUUUCUGCUGCACCCAAAACUGGCUUUCAUGGACGGACGGCAUCCUUCAACAGCAAGGCCACCUUUCUCUCAGUCAUGUGAAAAUAUUUUAAUAAACCGACUUCUGUUUCAGAAGGAGUUCGUACAGUCAUGGUGGAUCCUCAGAUAUCCUCGUCUGAUAACAGAGAUCCACCCUGGAAGACUUAAGUCCAAUUAAAACCGCACCUGGAAUGGCUCAGAUCCGGAACGACAGCCAUUUUCACUGCCCGCCAAUUCCUACUGGAUCCGUUUGGGAGGCGAAUUUUGUGGUGGAUUGUGUCCUUCCAGAGGAGGAAAUCUACUUCUAGACUAAUCAGCAUCUCCUCAUCCAUGGUGUCAUCGGGGUGAAAUGACGUCUAAAAACCUUUCACUUGUUUUAUUUUGAAAAGAAGCCGGAUGUUUUAUUUUGUGUCUGUGCCCGACUUCCUUUCCAGCACGGGUUAAUCUGUGCUGAAUUUAUCCGCCAUGCUCCGGCGUCCAGAUAAAAAUAGAACUCUUGUGAUCAGCUGAGGAGUCCGGCGAUCCUCAGAGGAACGGAAAGAAGUCGGUGUAAAUCGACACGUUAACUUGAAUGGUUACGAUCAGCUACGAUCGGAGGAUACGACCUUUUGAAGGUGGAGAUUGAGGGUAAACCAAGAGAAAAAAAAACAAACAAAGUGCGUAAAGCUGCAGUUCCUCAAGUGUCCACUUGAGGCUGUACCAUUCGAGGCCAUUUUAACAGAGGUAAACAUCUUCACAGCCUGGUUCAAACACUGUUUUGGUCCUGUUUGCAUAUUUCUGUAGUCGAGUACAUGGAUGAUUUUUUUAUUAGUUUGUCUGCAGGAUAAAGUGACCCUAAAAUCUGGACCUUCUCCCGGUUCUGCAGCCGUUUUUAUCUUCUGAUGCAGACAUGCAGGUGGAGAACUUCUGAACUGACGUGACUCCACCUUUAGAGACAAACCCGACAGACUUUUGGAGCAGAGAGAUUUGAAGGGUCCUCAUAUUGACGCCCUGAAACAUCACCACAGUUAAACUGGAGAGCUGAUAUUCUGGUGGUGGUUCUUCACUUCUCCAGCCGUCAUCCCCCUGUACCCCCCAGUAUGAGCCGUGUGAGGCCUUUGAGUCCUGCUCUGGUUUCUGACAGCUCUGCAGACUCUGGCGAGCUGCAGGUCCUCCGUCUGAAGAUCAGUGGUGGGCUCGUGAAAACGCCCCCAGCAGCCACCUCCUGUGGUCGACGAGGAGAGAGCUGUUGA